AUGGACUAUAGGACAGGACUGCUGCUUCUGACUGUCUGCUGGACAGGUGGAGAUCAUCACUAAUCUGAGUUGGACUUUUUCACCUCAUGACAACAAACUCACUUCAAUCUGUUGGUUUUUUGUCUCUUCUGUCUUUUCAGGUGUUGGUGGUCAGACUCUGACUGAAUCUGAGCCGGUGGUUAAACGUCCUGGAGAAUCCCACAGACUGACCUGUACAGCCUCUGGAUUCACAUUCAGCAGCUACCAUAUGGGCUGGAUCAGACAGGCUCCUGGAAAAGGACUGGAGUGGAUGGCCUGGAUUAAUACUGGUAGUAGUAGCAUCUACUACUCUGACUCAGUUAGAGGCCGGUUCACCAUCUCCAGAGACAACAGCAGACAGCAGCUGUAUCUGCAGAUGAACAGUCUGAAGACUGAAGACUCUGCUGUUUAUUACUGUGCCAGAGACCCACAACAACACAAACCAUCUGUAGAGCUGAACAAAAACCCCUCAGAGCCUGAACACCUGUGACAUGAAGCCACCAGAGGAGGAGCCCUCAGACCAACAAUCAUCAUUUCUACAUCAGCUUUUAAUGACAGAAACUGUCUUUAAAUGAGGUUUAAAUAUCAAAUAUACAAACAAUAUAGAAACCUCAUCCUCAUACUUAUAUGACUCAUUUAUUCCUGAUUAAAUAUUUUUAAGUGUCAAUAAAUGAAAAAAAAAAAAAAAAAGAAACACUUAUUAACAAUAACUCAGUUUUUGUGGUAACCCUUUCUUUUACAGUACACUUAUUAUCAGGUAAUUAACUGUUAAUUACCUAGUAACAACAUGAAAUUAUCUGUUAGUUACAUGAUAACUACUAAGUCAAUACUGUCUAGUUUUUCUUUUUUCUUUUUUCUUUGCAGCUCCAUUUUCAAAAGCUAUUUGGGGUUCUUAAUUUCUAUGAUUGACACUUGAUACAGCCUAUGGGCGUGCAAAGAUGGCGUAGCGAUACGCUGUUUGGGCCGAGCGUUAUCACAGCGACUCACCUGCUGAAUGCGUACAAUACUACUGCGCAAGUUGUGGUUCAAGGAAGUGGAGAAAAUCCUGGGAAUAACAGAGCAAUUCAGCUUCAAACUUGUAUGAUGAUGGAAGGUUACCUACCUGGUAGCUAGACAGUAUUGACUUAGUAGUUAUCAUGUAAUUACCAGAUAAUUUCAUGUUGCUACUGGGUAAUUACCUGUUUAUUACCUGGUAAUAAGUGUACCGUAAAAGAAAGGGUUGCCAUUUUUGUCUUAUAGACUCAUAACAAGUUUGAGACACACUGUCUAAAGUUGAUGUUUUUGCAGAGUCAUGUUUCUGAAUCUGCAGUCAUUGAGCUGAAUCUCUAAACUCUAAAAACUGACAAAAAUCACUCACUGUGUUUUAGUUUGUUUUGAUCUGAAAAUAUGAACAAAGUCAGUUUUUGUCCAGGGAGAUAAAGACGUGUGUAUUCAUGAGUUUAGUAUCAACAAACAGGAAAAAAGAGAGAGAGCUGUCCUCAAUAUUCAAAAAUAUAAAACUGUUAGUUGUAAGUGUUCUUUAACGGUCUGACUGUCUGCAGUUUCAAAGACCACAAAUGAGAUUUAAAGCAGAACAAAAGAGGUCCACACUCAUUUAGUCUCUGAGAGGAGGAGUCAAUGCAAAGUCAGCCGUCUUCCUCCUCUACUUCAGUGAGUGCAGAGAGGAGGACAGAGGACAGUGGACACUCAGUUUGACAUGAUGGACUAUAGGACAGGACUGCUGCUUCUGACUGUCUGCUGGACAGGUGGAGAUCAUCACUAAUCUGAGUUGGACUUUUUCACCUCAUGACAACAAACUCACUUCAAUCUGUUGGUUUUUCUCUUCCGUCUUUUCAGGUGUUGGUGGUCAGACUCUGACUGAAUCUGAGCCGGUGGUUAAACGUCCUGGAGAAUCCCACAGACUGACCUGUACAGCCUCUGGAUUCACAUUCAGCAGCAGCUGGAUGGCCUGGGUCAGACAGGCUCCUGGAAAAGGACUGGAGUGGAUUGCCUUUAUAUAUGGUGAUAGUAGUGGCACCUUCUACUCUGAGUCAUUUAGAGGCCGGUUCACCAUCUCCAGAGACAACAGCAGACAGCAGCUGUAUCUGCAGAUGAACAGUCUGAAGACUGAAGACUCUGCUGUUUAUUACUGUGCCAGAGACCCACAACAACACAAACCAUCUGUAGAGCUGAACAAAAACCCCUCAGAGCCUGAACACCUGUGACAUGAAGCCACCAGAGGAGGAGCCCUCACACCAACAAUCAUCAAAACACCAGUUCAGUGUUAGACAGAGAGAAAUAGACACUUUAAAGGUUUUAAUUUUAAUGAUCUCAGAUUAAGUCCCUUGAUUAUCUCGAGGUGUAUUUUUGUGUAACAUGAAUCAGACCAAUCACAGAGUCUCCUAUCAUUCCCUUUAAGAGCCAGGUUGGCCAAGUGUUGACAGUGUCACCGUCUUUAGACACCUGUGGAUCAGCCUCUUACUCAGUAAGGAUCGAACAAAAAUUGGAAAAGCUGAUCAUAUCAGCCAAUAUUCAGCAUUUUUACAAUAAUCAGUAUUUUUUUCCACCAAUAGCAGAUGAAAUAAGUCUAUCUUUGUUUUAACUUUGAUCUGUGCUAAGUAACUUUAGUUCAGCUAACCUGUUCAGAUACAACAUACCAUAAGUAUUUUCACUGUCUCAAACUCAGUCACAGCGUUGCUGUCACAGCACCAUUAGGUCUCAGUUGUUACCUUACGUUUAUGGAUUAUAGUUUAAUGUUCUUAUCUGGUUCUGACCCGACUCAGUACAUGCUAUCAUGACAGACAGACAUCUCAACACUAGAGUCUAAUCAGAACUGAAAAACACUCAGUCUGCUGUUGGGUCAGUCUUCUCACUUCCACCCAGGACGUGUCUUUUUCCCCCCCAGAAAGUCGCUAAAUCACAUCGGGCUUGAUGUGUAUAGUCAGGUACGUCAAAAUUCGCCUCCAAAUAAUUCAUAAUUUCGCGUCGUAAAUUUGUGUCGGUCCUGUUGUGUAAGGACCUUAAAGGCCAACAUCAGCUUUUGUAAUCAUUACAGAAAUAGCGCUGUUUAGCAAUUUAGCUAAUAUAGAUAAUACACAAAGUAAUACAGACCACUCUAGUCUGUGUCUCAACAAACAGCAGUCCGUCCUCAGAGUCAAUCUUCACAGUCAAAAAUAAGAUUCUUCAACUUACACUUAAAUAAAACCACAUGCUCAAAGUUAAAACAAACACCAUGAAACAUGGAGAAACACAACAAAAGAAGCAAACUGUCAGGAAACAACACCGCUAAAGGUGCGCCACGGUCUCUGUGAAGCUUACGUAGCUAGCAAGAGCUACUUCCGGUUCUUUUCACAUUCUAAAAUAAAAGCACGUGUUUAAAAAAAAAGGCUGAAGACGCCGACAUUUGCAAGAGGUUUGGUGGAUGACAAUAAGGUCACAGAAAACGUUUAAGUUACAAAAAAAAAAAAAUCCUUAGGUUAAGUUAUAAAAACACCAAAACCAUUUUAUGAUCAGUUUCAAUGACAUACACACUCAUGUGAAAUUUGGACCUACACACCUUGCCUAUUAACAUAUAUAUACAGUUAUAGAUUAAACAAACAGUUAGGCGCCUGUAAAGUUUGCACCGCUGCUGAAAAAAAGUUAGCGCCAUCUUCAUACUGUCUUGUCUCUACAAGCGAUGAAUCACUUUCUGUAGUUUUUGUUUUUCUUCAUUCAAGACAGAGUUUGGUGGCACAUGCAUGAACCAUGAUCCGCUAUAUUGAUUUUAAUGUGAUGUCAACAACAAUGCUGCGAAGAUGAGUUAAGAGAAGGGAAAAUACACAUGACCUCAAUAACCUCAACAAUAAAGUUAGAGAAGAGUCAAAUGAUAUUCCUAUGAAAGGAGGAGUCAAUGCAAAGUCAGCCGUCUUCCUCCUCUACUUCAGUGAGUGCAGAGAGGAGGACAGAGGACAGUGGACACUCAGUUUGACAUGAUGGACUAUAGGACAGGGGUCCGUUUCACGUAGGUGGUUCAACAAACUCUGAGUUAAAUCCUUAACUCUGAGUUGAUCUACUCUGAGUUAGGAAACUCUGAGUUUCCGGUUUCACAACACCUGAUUUGAGACGGUUUUAACAACUCCGAGUAGUUUGACCUGGAGUUAAGCACGUGCACGCCAGACAUAAACAGCCAGCAUCUGUGGAGCGCAGAUUCAAUGAUCAACCAAUGGAAACAGGGAGAAGGAGGGGGCAGCAGCAAGCCAACAGCGAAUUACAGCACGUUUGUAAAAGAAAGUGCAAUACAGCAGCAGCUGCAAAGGAGAGGGAGAGGGCUUGGGAGGAAAUCGCUGCUCGCGUCAAUGCGUAACUUUAAAUCUAGUCUCGUGCAAUCACAAUGACAGACUGUUGCAGGGAAACUGCUUGAAUCAUUUUGAUCAUGUUUUACAUUGUCAAGUAAGUAUUAAGUGGCAGUUUGAUCCCUUAGAAAAUGCUCUUUUCACACUCAAAAAUGAAUUUUACUCUCUUAAGAUGUUCCGUUAAAUGAUUAGGAAUAUUAAACUAACUCUCAGUAUGUAUAUGUACAUAUAUUAAACUAUAACACACUACACUCAAUAUUAGACUUUCACUCAGGAAACAGAAAGAGGGCAGAUGCCAGAAAAACGGGUGGUGGCCCAGCAGCCCCACCUUUAACGGAGGCAGAGGUGCUGCCCCCCCCCCCCCCCCCCCCGACGAUCGCAACCCCCACCCCGUAGCAGCGAUCGUCGGACUGGUGUGUGUGUGUGUGUGUGUGUGUGUGUGUGUGUGUGUGUGUGUGUCUGUGGGGGGGGGGGGGGGGGGGGGGGGGAUUUGCGAUCGGACCGGCCGCGAUCGUCGAACGGGGGGCAGCUCCUCUGCCUCCGUUAAAGGUGGGGCUGCUGGACCACCACCCGUUUUUGUGUUAGUUUAAUAUUCCUAAUCAUUUAACGGAACAUAAUAAGAGAGUAAAAUUCAGUUUUGAGUGUGAAAAGAGCAUUUUUUUUAAGGGAUCAAACUGCCACUUAAUACUUACUUGACAAUGUAAAACAUGAUCAAAAUGAGAAAAUGCCGAUGUCUCACCUGAAACUCUGGGUUAACUGAGUUAAACCUGCUCCCGAGCAGGUUAGGUUCACGGAGUCUGUUACUGUGGUAACUGACCGCGAGGUUGAGUUACCUCUCUUUGUGAAACAGGUUAGAGUUACCCCUCUCUCCCUGGUUUAACUAACCCUCCUUUGUGAAACGGAAAACUCAGAGUUUCCCUGAUUUCAGGAUUAUCAAACUCGGAGUUUCCACUAAACCUGCUACGUGAAACGCACCCCAGGACUGCUGCUUCUGACUGUCUGCUGGACAGGUGGAGAUCAUCACUAAUCUGAGUUGGACUUUUUCACCUCAUGACAACAAACUCACUUCAAUCUGUUGGUUUUUGUCUUCUGUCUUUUCAGGUGUUGGUGGUCAGACUCUGACUGAAUCUGAGCCGGUGGUUAAACGUCCUGGAGAAUCCCACAGACUGACCUGUACAGCCUCUGGAUUCACAUUCAGCAGCUACUGGAUGAACUGGAUCAGACAGGCUCCUGGAAAAGGACUGGAGUGGAUUGCUCGUAUCAGCAACGGUGAUGGUAGUAGCACCUACUACUCUGAGACAGUUAGAGGCCAGCUCACCAUCUCCAGAGACAACAGCAGACAGCAGCUGUAUCUGCAGAUGAACAGUCUGAAGACUGAAGACUCUGCUGUUUAUUACUGUGCCAGAGACCCACAACAACACAAACCAUCUGUAGAGCUGAACAAAAACCCCUCAGAGCCUGAACACCUGUGACAUGAAGCCACCAGAGGAGGAGCCCUCAGACCAACAAUCAUCAUAAUGACUCUGGAAACUGUCAGAACUGUGACUCAUAUCUAAAGUACAAUCAUUAAAAAAUGUAUUUUACUUAACCUGAUCAUUGUGACAUUUAAAAUAUAUUACUAUUCUGUUUUUAUAAAUAUACACAACUAAAAAAAUAACAUUUCAAUGCAGAUGUACACUACAGGCCAAAAGUUUGGAAGCAAGACCAUUACAAGCCGAACAGUUGGGAGUAACUUCAAGUUUUUGUUCACAAUGCUUUUUUUAAAUCCAGCAUGAGUUUGAUGUAUUUUGGGAUGUAUUUACUCCAUGAUCAGAUGUUGCUUUCAUGGAAAUGCACCAUUUUACUCCAUUUCCCUUUAGAUAUACAUUGAUGUCAACAGACCAUUGCUAAAUAUAUUUCAGCAAAAGAUAAUAAGGCCUUAGUUUUAGGGUUGAAAACAUUUGCAAGAGUCACAACUUCAGUGCAAAAUCAAAAAAACAAAACACAUUUGGAUUAUUCACUUCAACUUUUUGGCUUUUGAGAGUCUGCAUACAAAAAUCCUAAUAAAUCUCAACUGCGUUCAAACUACCGCAAAAAUGGCCAGAAAGAAGCAACUGAGUGAAGAAACAAAAGUACAGAUUUGUACAUUGAGGAAAGAAGGAUACACAGGAAGAGAAAAACGCCUAAAGGUGUCUAACAAAGGAGUCCACUACACUCCAAGGAGACUAGAGAAACCUGGAAGUUCUGAUGAUAGAAAAAGACCUGGACGAAAGAGAGUUACUACAAAAGCAGAGGAUAAACAGAGCAUUGUCACCAGGAAGAGAGAUCGGAGAAAGACAGCACCAAAAAUAAGGGAGGAAAUCAACAUGACAAAGUCGAAACCCAUAUCUCUGACAACUGUGAUGUUUGAGAAAGGCUGGUCUGAAGGGUUGUGUAUCUGCAAAAAAACACUGCUUCAUCCACAGAAGAAGAAAAAGAGAUAUGAGUGGGCAAAAGCUCACAAAAACUGGACUUAUGAUGAUAGAAACAAGUUUGAACUGUUUGGUUCAAAACACAGAGUCUAUGUCCGCAGACAAACUGGUGAACGUCUGAAAGCUCCAUGUGUUACACCCACAAUUCAGCAUGGAGGUGGUAGUUCAUGGUAUGGGGAUGUUUAUCAGGUGAUGGAGUAGGAGAUUUGUUUGAAGUAAAGGGUAUCAUGAAGAAGGAACAGUACCACCCCAUCCUCCAGCACCAUGCUGCUCCAUCUGGACUCAGACUUGUGGCUCAUAAGUUUGUUUUGCAGUAAGACAAUGACCCUAAGCUCUCUGCCGAGCUCUGUCAGGGUUACCGAGACAAAAAAGAAGAGGAAGGUGUUCUUCAAAAGAUGGUUUGGACCCCUCAGUCUCCAGACCUUUCUCCAACUGAGCUUGUGUGGGAUGAAUUGGACUGAUCGGUCAGAAAAACGCGUCCCACGAAUCAGCGUCUCUUUUUAAUGAACUUAAGAAAGCUUGAAUGUAAUCCCUGGAACAGACCUUAGAAAACUUGGUGAACAAAUGCCUGGUAUAUGCCAAGCUGUUGUUAAAGCCAGAGGAGGUUACUUUAAAGAAAGUCUAACAACAAAAACUCAAAUACCUCAUAAUUGUAGUCAAAAUGUCUUCUGAUAAGUUACUCUUUACACAAUAGUCAUGUUUAUUGUGUUGCAAAUUAGAAAUAUGAAACGAUGAUCUUUUUUGUACAAAUCUGAUCUUGCUUCCAAACUUUUGGCCUGUAGUGUACAUAAAAAAAUAAAUAGAAAAACGAAUCAAUAAAGUUUUAUUUUCAUUGAUCCACAGGUUUUUUUACUGACAGAUCUUCAGUAAUUUCUUUAUACACUGACAAAAAAAUUAUGAAAAUUUAGUUGGAAGUUUUAUUUUUCCAUAGAAGAAAAAUUCAUAUUUUUCUGAAACUCUGUCUGACUUGGUGAAACUGUGUCUCCACAAUAACUAACAAUGGGUCAGAGUUUUCAGGUUCUCUUAGAAUAGAUAAUGUUAUAAUCAUUAAGUGAGUGGGAUCAUAUUGGAAGUGUAUCUUGUCUCUAAGUUGUCAGAAAAUGAAUGAAAACAGUUUAAAAACAGUGAUGAGCUGAUCAGGAGUUACUGUUGUACAGUUACAGCUAAUAUGAGGACCUCACUCUCUGAUUCAUCAGAUUUAAAACAUUCAUUCAGUGUCUCUGAUUCAAAUUUAACGUUUGGUUCUUUAACAACCAACAGGUGACAGAGGGGAGGUUCCUGUUAACUUCAAUCAUUUUCAAAGUUCAGUUAAAUUUAACACCCUAAUCCCUCAGGUUAGAAGUAGACAAAAACAGGAACAAUUGCUCUAAAGGGAGGAGUCAAUGCAAAGUCAGCCGUCUUCCUCCUCUACUUCAGUGAGUGCAGAGAGGAGGACAGAGGACAGUGGACACUCAGUUUGACAUGAUGGACUAUAGGACAGGACUGCUGCUUCUGACUGUCUGCUGGACAGGUGGAGAUCAUCACUAAUCUGAGUUGGACUUUUUCACCUCAUGACAACAAACUCACUUCAAUCUGUUGGUUUUUCUCUUCCGUCUUUUCAGGUGUUGGUGGUCAGACUCUGACUGAAUCUGAGCCGGUGGUUAAACGUCCUGGAGAAUCCCACAGACUGACCUGUACAGCCUCUGGAUUCACAUUCAGGGACUACUAUAUGGCCUGGGUCAGACAGGCUCCUGGAAAAGGACUGGAGUGGAUCUCAACUAUCAGUGGCGAUGGUAGUAGUUACAUCUACUACUCUGAGUCCUUUAGAGGCCGGUUCACCAUCUCCAGAGACGACAGCAGACAGCAGCUGUAUCUGCAGAUGAACAGUCUGAAGACUGAAGACUCUGCUGUUUAUUACUGUGCCAGAGACCCACAGUGACUGGAGUCUGCUGAGCAGCUGUACAAAAACCUACAGGACUCUUGUUGUUGAUAGUUCUCUGGAAUAAUUUCAGUUCUGAUUAAAUAAAUUUGAAAUUGAGAAACUGUGAAAUUUUCUUUUUCAUUGACAACAGUAAAUAUUUAUUAAAUAACUACAAAUGUGUCUAACCACAAUAAUCCCCCCCUGGAUAAAAACAACAGAGCGACCCAUCUCCAGACAUCAUUCCCAGUGAAUGUUAUUUCAGUUCUGAAACAGCAGGUGGCAGUCAGUGUCAAGUUUUCCUCUCUUACUGUUCAGAAACACUCAGACCGGCUUAUCUCACUGACCUUCACUCAAAGACUCAAACCAUUGACUGACUGAACUCUAACACUCACUGUAUCAUUAGUUACUGACUGCAGAGUCAUGUGUUCAUCAGUUCACCAUCUCAUGUUGUUCUGACUCGUUCUCACAGGAGGAAAGGUGAAAAACUGGUUAAAAAAACUCAAAUAAGGAGAAAGACUGAAGGACAUCUUUGACUGUUGGUGUCUCAGUCUGUCUGAAGUCCACAGUCUCUGUCUCAGAGUUUCAUUUUCACAUCAUCAUCAUCACCCAAAUCUCUGGUGAGUAAAAUGCAAAUAUACAUGCUGAUGCACCUGACACAGCCGCUCUGCCUGCUCUAUAUAUCCUUCAUAAUGACCGUCACUCUCAUAGGCUGAGCCAAGUCUCCACCAUGACAGGGGUCCAAAGGUUCCUCCUCUUGGCUCUGAUUUCAGGUGAGUGUCUUUAUUGAGCAGCAGAGGAGCAGAAAGUGAUCUCUGCAUGUCUGCUGACUCCUUGUCCUCUAAAACUCUGGGUCCCUUUCAGCCGCUCAGGGCCAGUCCCUCACCUCCUCAGAACCAGUAGUCAGCAGACCAGGACAACCGGUCACUCUGUCCUGUAAAGUGGAAGGACUUGCUCUGGCUUGGCUGCACUGGAUUCAUCAAAAACCAGGAAGAGGACUAGAGUGGAUCGGUCGCAUCGAUAGCGGGACCGGCACAAUAUUUGCCCAAAGUCUACAGGGCCAGUUUUCCAUCACCAAGGACACAUCGGUUAAUGUUGUGUACUUGGAGGUGAAGAGCCUCAAACAGGAAGACUCUGCAGUUUAUUAUUGUGCUCGAGAGCCACAGUGACACAGGGGACGACAGAGCUGGACAAAAACUGAACUACACUGAUGAUGGCUGUGUGAGGAGCUCUGGAGAACGUCCGGGCUUUGAAAAGACACUUCCCACUGAAUGAUGGGAGUUACUCAUGAAAAUAACUGGACUGAUUUCAGUCGAUUUCUUUAGGCCGUCUAGACGCUCAUCGCUGCAGCAAUGACUUCAUCAUUGAGAAGAAAACCUGACUGUGAAUCUGUGCAUCCAUUCAACAGCAGUGAAAACUCAACUUUACUGUUCAAAAACUCUAAAUGAUUCAGUCUUUACUUUUCUACAUGAGCUCCACCAACUUUAAAAAUCCUCGUCUGAACUCUUUCACCUAUUUCAUCCUGUUCAGUUCAAUAUAAUCUGACCAACAAGCACCCUCUUAGAUAUUGUCAGAUCAGGCACUUUAUUCAGAAGCAGUUCUCACAUUUCCCUGAUGGUUUGUUACUCAAACUCUGAACCAAAAGAGGAUCAUAUCAGAGCUCCUGGGAGCCUGAUCUGGGACUUGCUCCUUCAAAUGAACUAUGGUGCAGCAGACUGUGACUGGUGACAGUAGAAACAUUACUGUGUUGUACCUUUACCAUGUGACACAGAGAGAAUGACGGACUCUGAGUUCAUACAACAGCUUCUGGUUCAUUCAGACUAACUGAUGUUGUCUCUCACUGUUAUUACAAACAAAGGUGAUAAUCAGUGAUCCAUAGUUACUACAAUAUCAACACUAUCAAAAUAGUGAGAACUAAAGUGUUUGUAUAGAGGGAUGAAGACUAAAGAUUUCCUUUAUGUUGAAGAAAAUAGGGACACUGUAAAAUAUCAGUUUGUACCUGAAGUUGUGUUUCACUGUGAGACCAAACUGGAGUUAAUAAUGAAGACAAAUUAUGAGAAAAUUAAGGAAAAUAUAUGGAAACCACAAAACAUGAAGGUGACAUUGAUUUUCUCUGUGAAGGGAGGAGUCAAUGCAAAGUCAGCCAUCUUCCUCCUCUACUUCAGUGAGUGCAGAGAGGAGGACAGAGGACAGUGGACACUCAGUUUGACAUGAUGGACUAUAGGACAGGACUGCUGCUUCUGACUGUCUGCUGGACAGGUGGAGAUCAUCACUAAUCUGAGUUGGACUUUUUCACCUCAUGACAACAAACUCACUUCAAUCUGUUGGUUUUUCUCUUCUGUCUUUUCAGGUGUUGGUGGUCAGACUCUGACUGAAUCUGAGCCGGUGGUUAAACGUCCUGGAGAAUCCCACAGACUGACCUGUACAGCCUCUGGAUUCACAUUCAGCAGCUACUGGAUGGCCUGGAUCAGACAGGCUCCUGGAAAAGGACUGGAGUGGAUCUCUACUAUCACACAUGACAGCAGUAGCACCUUCUACUCUGAGUCAGUUAGAGGCCGGUUCACCAUCUCCAGAGACAACAGCAGACAGCAGCUGUAUCUGCAGAUGAACAGUCUGAAGACUGAAGACUCUGCUGUUUAUUACUGUGCCAGAGACCCACAGUGACUGGAGUCUGCUGAGCAGCUGUACAAAAACCUACAGGACUCUUUUUUUACUGAGCAGCUGUGACUGAAGUUUCAUCAGAUGACUACAUUGACUUUUUUAUCAGCAACAAAAUUUAGAAAAUAAAUUCAAGUUCAAAUCUUUGCAGAAAGUUAUGUAGUCCUUCUAGAUUCAGUUGAAUGAAAAUAACCACAGGUUUCAUGUUCCCAAAGAGGACCCUCCUCUCUCUGCAGUCCAAGUUCAAGAAUCCAACAUCCACAGUCUGAGUUUAGACUCUCCAACAGACUUGAGAAACUCUGUCAAAAUGUCCCUUUUGAAGUGAAAGCUGAAACUGGAAUAUUCCAGUUUGUCUUUAAACUCUAGAGGGCAGUCUAGGACUGACUGAGUGUUGCUCUGAUCCUCUUCAAGAAUGAACACAAGAACGAGCAGAAAGAAACAAACACACAGGUGAUUUGAGCACAAAGGUAACAGCACUGACUCAUGAGCACUGAAACAUUAGAUUCCUGCAGUAUUACCGUCAAACUAAAGAAGAGCUUCAAGGAUUCAAGACAGUGUUUCCCCUGUAAUGUAUCCCCGCCCUGCCAACGAGAUCCCAGCCCAGUUAUUUAAGUCGUAGAUUAAUAUAUAUGUUAAAUUUUAAAAUUUUUAUCAAAACACUGCACUUUCUCUUUUGGAUGCUAACUUAAUCAUCUCUCCCAGCCCCGAAAACAGCGCUGGUUCAUCUCCCACCAUCCUGUAUGACGUAGACAUAGACAAAUGUCAUACAGGGUGACGUUUGUCUACGUCAUACGCCCCACCACCUCGCUGCCAAAGUGAAAAAGCUCGGGGAAACACUGGAAGGGUAAGGUGAAUUUCAGCCCUAUUAUAGAACAAUUACAAAUUGAACUUCCAGGAGGUUUCUGCAGUUUGGAGGGAUAGUUCUGAUAUUAGCCUGUGACACAGUCAAAUCAUCAACAGAUUUCACCUCAUCAUCAUUAUCAUCUCAUACAAAUAUGAAUAUUACUACCAAACAGUGAGCAGACCAACUCUGCUGCUGCUUCAUCUGUUUGAUUCUAUGCAAACUCAGAGAGCUUCCUUGUUCCUCAGCUAUAAAAACUGUCCAUCAGGCUGUCAGUGGAGUUCACAGCUGCUCACCUUCAACAUAAACCAUGUUUUCUGGAGCUCUGCUGCUGCUGCUGCUGCUGGCAGCUGGAUGUGAGUCAGUCUGGAUCUGUCAAAGUCCACAGUUCUUCUUUUACAGCUCAACUCCAUCAUUUGGUACCAAACAUUUUCUCUUUUUCAACAGGUGUGAAGUGUGAACAGCUGACUCAGCCAGCCUCUGUGACUGUGCAGCCAGGUCAACCUCUGACCAUCACCUGUCAGGUCUCUUAUUCUGUCAGCAGCUACCGGUCAGCCUGGAUCAGACAGCCUGCAGGGGAAGGACUGGAGUGGAUUUCAAGUGCACAUGUGGGAUACAGCACUUACUACAAAGAUUCACUCAAGAACAAAUUCACUAUGGACCUGGACUCCUCCAGAAACACGUUGACUCUAAACGGACAGAACAUGCAGACUGGAGACUCUGCUGUUUAUUACUGUGCCAGAGACCCACAACAACACGAACCAUCUGUAGAGCUGAACAAAAACCCCUCAGAGCCUGAACACCUGUGACAUGAAGCCACCAGAGGAGGAGCCCUCAGACCAACAAUCAUCAUAAUGACUCUGGAAACUGUCAGAACUGUGACUCAUAUCUAAAGUACAAUCAUUAAAAUAACAUCUUUUACUAAACCUGAUCAAACUGAUAUUUAAAAACACAUAACUGUCAAGUAUUUAUCCAUGAAUGAAUGAAUGAAUAAAUACAGUGGAUAUAAAAAGUCUACACACUCCUGUUUAACUGCCAGAUUUAAAUCAAGAUAAACAAUGUUAGAUGUUCUUCCACCUUUAAUGUGACCUAUAACCUGUACAACACAAUUGAAAAACAAACAGAAAUCUUUCAGGGAGGUGAAGUAAAAAUAAGCAACUGAGAUCAUGUGGUUGCAUAAGUGUGUACACCCUUUAAUAACUGGGGAUGUAGCUGUGUUCAGAUAUAACCAAUAACAUUCAAACUCAGGUUAAACUGGAGUCAGCACACACCUGUCACCAAUUACAGUGACUCUGAUCAACCCCAAAUAAAGUUCAGCUGUUCAAGUAGCUUUUCCAGACAUUUUUGUAGACACAUUUUCCAGCACAAGCCAUGGUCCACAGAGAGCUUCCAAAGAACCAGAGGAAUCUCAGUAUUCAAAGAUCUCAGUCAGGUGAGGCUACAAAAGAAUUUCCAAGGAAUCAAAUAUACCAUGGAACACAGUGAAGACCGUCAUCAUCAAGUGGAGAAAAUAUGGAACAACGGUGACAUUACCAAGAACAGGACGUCCGUCCAAAAUUGAUGAAAAAACAAGACGAAAACUGGUCAGGGAGGAUACCAAGAGGCCGACAGCAACACUGAAGGAGCUGCAGGAAUUUCUGGCUUCAAGUACUGGCUGUGUAGAACAUGAGACAACAAUCUCCUGCUGUCUUCAUAUGUCUGGGCUAUGGGGUAGAGGGGCAAGAUGGAAGACUUAUCUUUCAAAGAAAAACAUCAAAACAUCUGAAAUCUCCCAAACACGUGGGAAAAUGUGUCAUGGUCUGAUGAAACCAAAGUUGAACUUUUUGGGCAUCAUUGCAAAAGGUAUAUUUGGCUCAAAAUCAACACUGCUGAUCACCAAAAGAACACCAUACCUACAGUGAAGCAUGGUCGUGGCAGCAUCAUGCUUUGGGGAUGUUUUUCUUCAGCUGGAUCUGGUGCCUUAGUCAGGGUGGAGGGAAUUAUGAACAGUUCCAAAUACCAGUCAGUGUUGGAACAAAACCUUCGGCCUUCUGCUAGAAAGAUGAAGAUGAAGAGGAACUUCAUCUUUCAGCACGACAAUGACCGAAGGCACACAUCUAAAUCAACAAAAGAACAGCUUCACCAGAAUAAGAUUGAGACUUUGGAACGGCCCAGCCAGAGUCCAGACCUGAAUCCCAUCAAACAUUUGUGGUCUGAUCUGAAGAGGGCUGUGCAUAGGAGAUGCCCUCAAAAUCUGUCAGAUUUGGAGCGGUUUUAAAAAGAAAAGUGGGAAAAUAUAUUUCCACAUCAAGAUGUUCCACGCUGAUAGACUCCAACCCAAAAAGACUAAGUGCUGAAAUAAAAGCCAAAGGUGCUGCAACAAAGUAUUAGUUUAAGGGUGUGCACAUUUAUGCAAUCAGGUAAUUAUAACUUUUCUAUUUUUCAUUUUUCCCCUUAAAAGUUUCAGUUUGUUUUUCAAUUGCAUUGUACAAGUCAAAGGUCACAUUAAAGAUAGAAAAUGUUGUGAAAAUAUUUAUCUUGCUGUUAUUUUCUUACAUCACUAUGACCUGGCAGUUAAACUGGGGUGUGUAGACUUUUUAUAUCCACUGUAUGUUAAAGAAAAUAGGAACGUUGUUAAAUAUCAGUUUGUACCUGAGGUUGUGUUUCACUGAAAGACCAAACUGGAGUAAAUAAUGAAGACACAUUCUGAGACAAUUAAGCAAAAUGUGUCAAGACCACAAAACAUGAAGGUGACAGUAAUUUUCUCUCUGAGAGGAGGAGUCAAUGCAAAGUCAGCCGUCUUCCUCCUCUACUUCAGUGAGUGCAGAGAGGAGGACAGAGGACAGUGGACACUCAGUUUGACAUGAUGGACUAUAGGACAGGACUGCUGCUUCUGACUGUCUGCUGGACAGGUGGAGAUCAUCACUAAUCUGAGUUGGACUUUUUCACCUCAUGACAACAAACUCACUUCAAUCUGUUGGUUUUUUUCUUCUGUCUUUUCAGGUGUUGGUGGUCAGACUCUGACUGAAUCUGAGCCGGUGGUUAAACGUCCUGGAGAAUCCCACAGACUGACCUGUACAGCCUCUGGAUUCACAUUCAGUGGCUCCUAUAUGGCCUGGAUCAGACAGGCUCCUGGAAAAGGACUGGAGUGGAUCUCUUUGAUAAAUACUGAUAGUAGUGGCAUCUACUACUCUGAGUCAUUUAGAGGCCGGUUCACCAUCUCCAGAGACAACAGCAGACAGCAGCUGUAUCUGCAGAUGAACAGUCUGAAGACUGAAGACUCUGCUGUUUAUUACUGUGCCAGAGACCCACAACAACACAAACCAUCUGUAGAGCUGAACAAAAACCCCUCAGAGCCUGAACACCUGUGACAUGAAGCCACCAGAGGAGGAGCCCUCAGACCAACAAUCAUCAUAAUGACUCUGUCAGAACUGUGACUCAUGUCUGUAGCAAUCAAGACAACCCUGGAUGUGAAACCCACACAUUCCUUACAGGAAAGUUUCCUUAUCUGGUCCCAGGAAACAGGAUAUAAAUCUUUCCAGACGUGUUUGCCCUUUCAGGUUAAAUAAGUGACCCAACCGGAGGUUGACUAAACCUCUGACUCUUCAGGAUUGGUCAGUUCGGCGAACAGAGACAGAGUUUUUAUUACCUUUCAAACUGACUCCAUUUGCUGACCAUCUAAAUAAACAUUAACCUCAACCCAGAUCUCCCAUUUGAGAUUUAGCGUCUUAAAGUGUGUGAACAUACGGACCCCAGGAUAAGGGGGGACACUGACCUCCAGACCUCGGUCGUAAAACCCUGCUCGACCAUGCACUGAUAAAGACUACAUUCCUUUGGUGAAAGAAUACAAAUGACUGAUCAUGACAUCUUAUGCAUUCAGCAAUGUACUAAUCUGUCUAAUCAUGAACUUUGUGUUAAAAUGAGAUGUUUCCCGUUUUUCUAUGUGCUCCAGAGGCCGAGUUACAGAAUAAAUCCUUUAUUCUUUAGUUUCUUUAGACCAACAGCUUUUCAGACUGUUUCAUGAACUUUUAAGAGUUAAAUUUAUUGACUAUGGAUCAUAACUUAACUCUAGGUAACAGAGACAGUUUAGAAAUGUUUGGUUUAUAUUGUAGUUGUUUAUUUAGUAUUUUUAACCAUUAGGUGGUUAUAAUGUCAUUGAAUAACCUUAAUGUGAGUAUUUAGAAUCCAUUAUUAAUCAUGAUGAAGUUCAUUCACAUGUGUUUACUCUUUUGUUGUUCACAGUUUCCAUGUGUUACUAUCUGUUUCAUUUCAGAGUAAUUUAGCAUGUUCAAUGUGAUACUUAAAACAUAAUGAGAAUGUUUGAUGUGAUCCUACACUUCAUUCAUAUGUGUUUAGUAUCAAAUUAUUUAUCAUGAAACCAAGCAUUCAAUGAUAUUAAUCAUAGUGAGUGAGUAUCAGAUCUGACUCUUUUACCAGCCAAAAGAAUAAGUUAGAUCAAAUAAUCAGAGAUUCCACGACCCCUCCUCUGUCUCACACACACGCCGGAGCCACUCCCAGUGUGAGAAGAUAAAACCAGUGAAGUCGGGUUGCUCACUCUCUUAUGUCUCUUAUUCCUCUCUUCUCUCUCUUAUGCUUCUGCUCUUCUGCUGACUCUCUUGUCCCCGGCUCUUAUGCCCCUUCUCUUCUGUCCACACCCUUCUGUGGUGCGUUUCUUUGUUUUCUCUUAGAACUUUUUCUUAGUCUUCUAAGUUUUACGCCACGUGUUGAUUCACGUUGAUUUUUCUUUAACAUCGUCUUAGUUCAAGUUUUGAAACUUCAACUUUUUGUGUGCAUAGCAAUUCAAGAUUAAGCCUUUGAUUGAUUUUUCUUUAAUUUCGCGAAGCCAUUUUUUAAAGUUUUCUCUGCUCGAGUCUUGUUUUUCUGAGUUUUCUGCGUGAUCUCAAAGUCACCUCUGAACGCAACCCAGCAGGCCCAGGUCAUCCUCUGUGCCAGAGAUUCUGAGUGAGACCAAAGAAGUACCCAAACGAGCAUCCACAGGAUCCACAGGCGCUGGCUUUGCUUCGGGCCCGAGUGCUGCAACUCCUGGCUCAUCCUUCGGCUGACUUCAGUCGUCUUCUGAGCUGAACCGCUCGAACUGCCAGUAGCCCCGGACCUUCGGAACCUGCUCCAUCUUCUCCAAGGACCAGUCUCACUUAAGUAUGCAAACCUCCAGAGCUCUAAAGAGGGCUGGUGCUGUCUCAUGCGUUCAUAACUCAGAUAUCCACCUAUUUCUGGUGAUCUUAGAUUCCUCCAAAUCCACAUCCGAGUUUAUCUCGACACCAAAGUUAGUGUAGGUUAAUAUGUUAGCGCAUAUCCACUCACUAUCAUUAACUUUAGUGCUCCGAGCCUGACUCAGAAUCUUUAUUUAUUCACCUAUUGUUAUUUUAUCUUCAUUAUCUUAUCAUCAUUUAUUGCAUGUGUGUUGUACCAUCAUUUAUCCUGUAAUAAACAGAUCAUUAUUUUUCUAAGUUCCUGUCUGUUAGUGUUCUUCCAGAAGUGGAGUCCCUGAAAUUAGAAUUUCGACUUAAGAUAUGAGACUGAUUAAUUAAGACUGAUUAAUUAAGACUGAUUAAUUAAAACUGACAUGAUGUUUGAUUUCUGAAUUAAACUUUUGUUUUCUUUAUUUUCCCACCAUUAAGGGUGGGUGGUGCCCCUUUCAACGAGUGCAUAAAUGUCAUAAUUUGAGAUUAUUAAUCUUCAGACAUUUAUUAUAAAUUCCAAUCGCCAAGUAUUAUUUUGGUGCGGCCUUGUGAGGCUCAUUUCAAAUCGCUACAUAUAUUUUGGUGCGACCGUAUGAGGCUCAUUUCAAAUCACUACAUGUCUAAAGUACAAUCAUUAAAAAAUGUAUUUUACUUAACUUGAUCAUUAUGACAUUUAAAAUACAUAAUCACUAUUUUGCUUUAAUAAAUAAAUAUACACAACAACAUUUUAAUAAAGAUGUUAAUACAUUUUUUAACCCUAGUGAUCAAUGUGUACUCUGAAAAAACAGAGGAAUACUUCUUUUGUGUUCAGACAAAUAUCACACUAUAACACAAUUACUUGGACUAUACGGUUCCUCCUCUUACACCAACAAUCCCUUCUUCUGUUAAAAGAGAAAAACUAAAAACUAAAACUACCAAACCAUGAGGACAACUUGAUCUUUGGUUGCUGCUGGUUUAGACACCGGACCCUGGGACCCUGAUGGUCUAUAGUUUUGUCUCCAGUUGUAGAGAUCCUCUGCUUAUGGAAAUGUCACAUGUUCCCCUUUAAACCUGUAGAGGGAGGUCUAUGCAAACUGUUCCUCUUUAUAAACCCUCCAUCAGUAACUUGUGGCAGCACUGGGACAGUUGAGGAUAUUUCUAACAAACUGAGAUCAGAGAGCUCUGAACCUAAGAAUGGAAAGAACUCUUAUCUGGACUUUAUUAUUUGUAGUUACGAUCCACGGUGAGAAAAUGAAUCCAGUUUAGGUCUUUUAGGAGAUGUUCGACCUGUUCUUGAUGAGUCUGUUAGAGAAUAAUCACAAUUUCUAUCACUGCAGGAGUUUGGAGUGAGAUCAAACUGGAGCACACUCCCUCUGAGGUGAAAAGACCUGGAGAGACAGUGAGGAUGUCAUGUGUCAUAUCUGGGUUUGACAUGACCAGCUACUAUAUCCACUGGAUACGCCAGAGGCCAGGGAGAGCUCUGGAGUGGAUUGGGGAGAUGGAUGCAGGUUCAAACUCUGCUAGCUAUGCCAGCUCCUUCCAGAGUCGCUUCAGCAUGACUGAAGAUGUGCCCAGAAGCACUCAGUACCUCCAGGUUCAGGGGCUGACAGCAGAAGAUUCUGCUGUUUACUUCUGUGCUCGACAAGCACAGUGAGAGAAGAGAGCGGAGCAGCUGCUCAAAAACCUCCACAGACAAACACCAGAGUUCAGGUUUACAGUCCUCAGAGACGAAGCAGACAGCAGCUGUACCUGAAUGAGAUCAGUCUGAGGACUGGAGACUCUGCUGUUUAAUAUUGAGUCACACAGACUCACAGUUAUAGAACUAUAGAAGAUCCUUCAGCUCUCCUCAUCAGGCUGAGUUACAGUUUUGCUAACAAACAAAUAUAUUUAGAUCUAUAAAAAUACUUCAGUCAGAAAGGAAACCAUCAAACUUUUCUCUCCUUUCACAGAACAUGACUCAAAUGUAAACAUCAACUUCAAAGUGCAUCCUCAUCAGACCAGUCAGAUAUCUUUAUUCAGUUAUCUUCAUCACUAUCAUUAUUACUGUCACCACUAUCAUCAUCAUCCUCAUAUUCAUCACUAUUCCAACCCUCCACCUGCUGCUGAAUGUUCCUCUCCUCUCUCUUCACCUACUUUCCUUCCCUAUUCACUAACAUGGUCAUCAAAAUAAGACGUAAACUUUAAAGAAUAAUUAUUAACAUGAACACAAUUAAGUUAUAUGAUUCAAACAAAAUAGUGAGAACUAAAGUGUUUGUAUAGAGGGAUGAAGACUAAAGAUUUCCUUUAUGUUGAAGAAAAUAGGGACACUGUAAAAUAUCAGUUUGUACCUGAAGUUGUGUUUCACUGUGAGACCAAACUGGAGUUAAUAAUGAAGACAAAUUAUGAGAAAAUUAAGCAAAAUAUAUGGAAACCACAAAACAUGAAGGUGACAUUAAUUUUCACUCUGAGAGGAGGAGUCAAUGCAAAGUCAGCCGUCUUCCUCCUCUACUUCAGUGAGUGCAGAGAGGAGGACAGAGGACAGUGGACACUCAGUUUGACAUGAUGGACUAUAGGACAGGACUGCUGCUUCUGACUGUCUGCUGGACAGGUGGAGAUCAUCACUAAUCUGAGUUGGACUUUUUCACCUCAUGACAACAAACUCACUUCAAUCUGUUGGUUUUUUUCUUCUGUCUUUUCAGGUGUUGGUGGUCAGACUCUGACUGAAUCUGAGCCGGUGGUUAAACGUCCUGGAGAAUCCCACAGACUGACCUGUACAGCCUCUGGAUUCACAUUCAGCAGUUAUGCUAUGAACUGGGUCAGACAGGCUCCUGGAAAAGGACUGGAGUGGAUUGCUUAUAUCAACACUGGUAGUAGCACCUACUACUCUGAGUCAGUUAGAGGCCGGUUCACCAUCUCCAGAGACAACAGCAGACAGCAGCUGUAUCUGCAGAUGAACAGUCUGAAGACUGAAGACUCUGCUGUUUAUUACUGUGCCAGAGACCCACAACAACACAAACCAUCUGUAGAGCUGAACAAAAACCCCUCAGAGCCUGAACACCUGUGACAUGAAGCCACCAGAGGAGGAGCCCUCAGACCAACAAUCAUUAUAACACCAGUUCAGUGUCAGACAGAGAGAAGUAGACACUUUAAAGGUUCUAUACUUAAUGAUCUCAGAUUAUGUCCUUGAUUAUCUUGUGGUGUGUUAUUGUAUAACAUGAAUCAGACCAAUCACAGUCUCCUAUCAUUCCCUUUAAGAGUCAGGUUGGCCAAGUGUUGACAGUGUCCUCGUCUUUAGACACCCGUGGAUCAGCCUCUUACUGAGUAAGGAUUGACCAACAACAAGUCCAGUUGAACCCGUCCCCCUCAACCAACAUAUAUACUGAUCACAUUGAUCACAGUGCAAUAAAUGAAUCAUUUAACCAUGCAAUAUUACUGGGCCUCACUGCGCAAUAAUCUGUUUUUUCAUAUCAUUCCUGUUUUGUAUAUAUUCUGUAUAUAUUACUACAUUUUACUUUCUUAUCUUAGUGUUUUUAAAUUGCUUUCAGUUUAGUAUUUAUUUAUAACCAUUGUUUUGCACCAAAGGGAGCGGCGCUCAAAUUUCCUUGUACUGUGUACAAUGACAAUAAAGGCGAUUCUGAUUCUGAUUCUAAUAUGAGGACCUCACUCUCUGAUUCAUCAGAUUUAAAACAUUCAUUCAGUGUCUCUGAUUCAAAUUUAACGUUUGGUUCUUUAACAACCAACAGGUGACAGAGGGGAGGUUCCUGUUAACUUCAAUCGUUUUCAAACCUAAAUUUAACACCCUAAUCCCUCAGGUUAGAAGUAGAAAAAAACAGGAUCAAUCUCUCUAAAGGGAGGAGUCAAUGCAAAGUCAGCCGUCUUCCUCCUCUACUUCAGUGAGUGCAGAGAGGAGGACAGAGGACAGUGGACACUCAGUUUGACAUGAUGGACUAUAGGACAGGACUGCUGCUUCUGACUGUCUGCUGGACAGGUGGAGAUCAUCACUAAUCUGAGUUGGACUUUUUCACCUCAUGACAACAAACUCACUUCAAUCUGUUGGUUUUUUUCUUCUGUCUUUUCAGGUGUUGGUGGUCAGACUCUGACUGAAUCUGAGCCGGUGGUUAAACGUCCUGGAGAAUCCCACAGACUGACCUGUACAGCCUCUGGAUUCACAUUCAGUAGCAGCUAUAUGGCCUGGAUCAGACAGGCUCCUGGAAAAGGACUGGAGUGGAUCUCUUAUACACUCACCGGCCACUUUAUUAGGUAUACCUGUCCAACUGCUCGUUAACACUUAAUUUCUAAUCAGCCAAUCACAUGGCGGCAACUUAGUGCAUUUAGGCAUGUAGACAUGGUCAAGACAAUCUCCUGCAGUUCAAACCGAGCAUCAGUAUGGGGAAGAAAGGUGAUUUGAGUGACUUUGAACGUGGCAUGGUUGUUGGUGCCAGAAGGGCUGGUCUGAGUAUUUCAGAAACUGCUGAUCUACUGGGAUUUUCACGCACAACCAUCUCUAGGGUUUACAGAGAAUGGUCCGAAAAAGAAAAAAUAUCCAGUGAGCGGCAGUUCUGUGGGCGGAAAUGCCUUGUUGAUGCCAGAGGUCAGAGGAGAAUGGCCAGACUGGUUCGAGCUGAUAGAAAGGCAACAGUGACUCAAAUAACCACCCGUUACAACCAAGGUAGGCAGAAGAGCAUCUCUGAACGCACAGUACGUCGAACUUGGAGGCAGAUGGGCUACAGCAGCAGAAGACCACGCCGGGUGCCACUCCUUUCAGCUAAGAACAGGAAACUGAGGCUACAAUUUGCACAAGCUCAUCAAAAUUGGACAAUAGAAGAUUGGAAAAACGUUGCCUGGUCUGAUGAGUCUCGAUUUCUGCUGCGACAUUCGGAUGGUAGGGUCAGAAUUUGGCGUCAACAACAUGAAAGCAUGGAUCCAUCCUGCCUUGUAUCAACGGUUCAGGCUGGUGGUGGUGGUGUCAUGGUGUGGGGAAUAUUUUCUUGGCACUCUUUGGGCCCCUUGGUACCAAUUGAGCAUCGCUGCAACGCCACAGCCUACCUGAGUAUUGUUGCUGACCAUGUCCAUCCCUUUAUGACCACAAUGUACCCAACUUCUGAUGGCUACUUUCAGCAGGAUAAUGCGCCAUGUCAUAAAGCUGGAAUCAUCUCAGACUGGUUUCUUGAACACGACAAUGAGUUCACUGUACUCAAAUGGCCUCCACAGUCACCAGAUCUCAAUCCAAUAAAGCAUCUUUAGGAUGUGGUGGAACGGGAGAUUCGCAUCAUGGAUGUGCAGCCGACAAAUCUGCGGCAACUGUGUGAUGCCAUCAUGUCAAUAUGGACCAAGCUCUCUGAGGAAUGCUUCCAGCACCUUGUUGAAUCUAUGCCACGAAGAAUUGAGGCAGUUCUGAAGGCAACAGGGGGUCCAACCCGUUACUAGCAUGGUGUACCUAAUAAAGUGGCCGGUGAGUGUAUAUACCCUUCUAGUAGUAGCAUCUACUACUCUGAGUCGGUUAGAGGCCGGUUCACCAUCUCCAGAGACGACAGCAGACAGCAGCUGUAUCUGCAGAUGAACAGUCUGAAGACUGAAGACUCUGCUGUUUAUUACUGUGCCCGCAGAGACCCACAACAACACAAACCAUCUGUAGAGCUGAACAAAAACCCCUCAGAGCCUGAACACCUGUGACAUGAAGCCACCAGAGGAGGAGCCCUCAGACCAACAAUCAUUUCUACAUCAGCUUUUAAUGACAGAAACUGUCUUUAAAUGAGGUUUAAAUAUCAAAUAUAGAAACUAUAUAGCUCCUCCACAGGGUAAAGUUUGUGAAUUAUCCUUGACAGCUCCUUAUCAUCCCAAGCUCACAAAAGAAAUAUUACUCUGUCUGCAUGUUUCAACUCUGCAACAUCAACCCCCCAUACCACCUCUAUCCUGGUCCACAGCCUUGUUACCUCCUGUAUUGAUUACUGUGACUCUGGUCUUCCUCACAAACCUCUCCAUAAACUAAAGCUGGUUGAGAACUCAGCUGCUCCUAUCAUCACCAAAACGCCUUUAUGCUUUCAAAUGAAAUGUAUUAUUAAAAAAAAAAGACAUAUGAGUGACUUCAAUAUUAACAAAUAUGCAAAAAAAUUAAGCAGAAAAAAAGAGGUCCACACUCAUUUAGUCUCUGAGAGGAGGAGUCAAUGCAAAGUCAGCCGUCUUCCUCCUCUACUUCAGUGAGUGCAGAGAGGAGGACAGAGGACAGUGGACACUCAGUUUGACAUGAUGGACUAUAGGACAGGACUGCUGCUUCUGACUGUCUGCUGGACAGGUGGAGAUCAUCACUAAUCUGAGUUGGACUUUUUCACCUCAUGACAACAAACUCACUUCAAUCUGUUGGUUUUUUUCUUCUGUCUUUUCAGGUGUUGGUGGUCAGACUCUGACUGAAUCUGAGCCGGUGGUUAAACGUCCUGGAGAAUCCCACAGACUGACCUGUACAGCCUCUGGAUUCUCAUUCAGGGACUACUGGAUGGCCUGGAUCAGACAGGCUCCUGGAAAAGGACUGGAGUGGAUCUCUACUAUCAGCAGCGAUGGUAGUAGUUACAUCCACUACUCUGAGUCAUUUAGAGGCCGGUUCACCAUCUCCAGAGACAACAGCAGACAGCAGCUGUAUCUGCAGAUGAACAGUCUGAAGACUGAAGACUCUGCUGUUUAUUACUGUGCCAGAGACCCACAACAACACAAACCAUCUGUAGAGCUGAACAAAAACCCCUCAGAGCCUGAACACCUGUGACAUGAAGCCACCAGAGGAGGAGCCCUCAGACCAACAAUCAUUUCUACAUCAGCUUUUAAUGACAGAAACUGUCUUUAAAUGAGGUUUAAAUAUCAAAUAUACAAACAAUAUAGCUCCUCCACAGGGUAAAGUCUGGGUAUUAUCCUUGACAGCUCCUUAUCAUCCCAAGCUCACAUCAGUAAUAUUACCCUGUCAGCAUGUUUCUACUCUGCAACAUCAACCCCCACUCCACCCCUCAACCCCCAUACCACUUCUAUCCUGGUCCACAGCCUUCCCACUGAGCAAUAGACGGCUAUUAGACAUCUAGUAUUUUUUAGACCUAAUUUCAACCGUCUAGAGUCUGUAUAGUUUUAGACAGAAUUUAGACGUUGCACUUUUACCCAUUAUUUGAUAACUAUUUUUUUCAAAAAGCAACUGUGAGUUUCAUAACUGAUCUCCAAGUAUUUAACCAAAAUAAUGAUGAUAGCCGUCAAGCAAUAUACAGUUAUACCUCUGUUGGCCAGCUAGUCUUAAACUUGGUCUAAAUUCAGACGUCUAAAAACUUUCAUUUUUAGACCUGUGGUAGCCUGAUUUUAGACCAUUCGUCUAGGCUACAUUUAGACGUCUAUUAGACCUCUUUUAGACCAAAAAAUGCUCAGUGGGUUGUUACCUCCUGUAUUGAUGACUGUGACUCUGGUCUUCCUCACAAAUCUCUUCAUAAACUAAAGCUGGUUCAGAACUCAGCUGCUCCUAUCAUCAACAAAACACCUUUAUGCUUUUAAAUAAAAUGUAUUAUUAUAAAAGACAUAUGAGUGACUUCAAUAUUAACAAAUAUGCAAAAAAAUUAAACAGAAAAAAAGAGGUCCACACUCAUUUAGUCUCUGAGAGGAGGAGUCAAUGCAAAGUCAGCCGUCUUCCUCCUCUACUUCAGUGAGUGCAGAGAGGAGGACAGAGGACAGAGGACACUCAGUUUGACAUGAUGGACUAUAGGACAGGACUGCUGCUUCUGACUGUCUGCUGGACAGGUGGAGAUCAUCACUAAUCUGAGUUGGACUUUUUCACCUCAUGACAACAAACUCACUUCAAUCUGUUGGUUUUUUUCUUCUGUCUUUUCAGGUGUUGGUGGUCAGACUCUGACUGAAUCUGAGCCGGUGGUUAAACGUCCUGGAGAAUCCCACAGACUGACCUGUACAGCCUCUGGAUUCACAUUCAGCAGCUACUAUAUGGGCUGGAUCAGACAGGCUCCUGGAAAAGGACUGGAGUGGAUCGCCUCCGCUUAUAGUAGUAGCACCUGGUACUCUGAGUCAUUUAGAGGCCGGUUCACCAUCUCCAGAGACAACAGCAGACAGCAGCUGUAUCUGCAGAUGAACAGUCUGAAGACUGAAGACUCUGCUGUUUAUUACUGUGCCAGAGACCCACAGUGACUGGAGUCUGCUGAGCAGCUGUACAAAAACCUACAGGACUCUUUUGUUGAUAGUUCUCUGGAAUAAUUUCAGUUCUGAUUAAAUAAAUUAUGAAAUUGAGAAACUGUGAAACUUUCUUUUUCAUGGACAACAGUAAAUAUUAAUUAAAUAACUACAAAUGUGUCCAACCACAAUAAUCCCCCCCUGGAUAAAAACAACAGAGCGACCCAUCUACAGAAAUCGUUCCCAGUGAAUGUUAUUUCAGUUCUGAAACAGCAGGUGGCAGUCAGUGUCAAGUUUUCCUCUCUUACUGUUCAGAAACACUCAGACCGGCUUAUCUCACUGACCUUCACUCAAAGACUCAAACCAUUGACUGACUGAACUCUAACACUCACUUUAUCAUUAGUUACUGACUGCAGAGUCAUGUGUUCAUCAGUUCACCAUCUCAUGUUGUUCUGACUCGUUCUCACAGGAGGAAAGGUGAAAAACUGGUUAAAAAAACUCAAAUAAGGAGAAAGACUGAAGGACAUCUUUGACUGUUGGUGUCUCAGUCUGUCUGAAGUCCACAGUCUCUGUCUCAGAGUUUCAUUUUCACAUCAUCAUCAUCACCCAAAUCUCUGGUGAGUAAAAUGCAAAUAUACAUGCUGAUGCACCUGACACAGCCGCUCUGCCUGCUCUAUAUAUCCUUCAUAAUGACCGUCACUCUCAUAGGCUGAGCCAAGUCUCCACCAUGACAGGGGUCCAAAGGUUCCUCCUCUUGGCUCUGAUUUCAGGUGAGUGUCUUUAUUGAGCAGCAGAGGAGCAGAAAGUGAUCUCUGCAUGUCUGCUGACUCCUUGUCCUCUAAAACUCUGGGUCCCUUUCAGCCGCUCAGGGCCAGUCCCUCACCUCCUCAGAACCAGUAGUCAGCAGACCAGGACAACCGGUCACUCUGUCCUGUAAAGUGGAAGGACUUGCUCUGGCUUGGCUGCACUGGAUUCGUCAAAAACCAGGAAGAGGACUGGAGUGGAUCGGUCGCAUCGAUAGCGGGACCGGCACAAUAUUUGCCCAAAGUCUACAGGGCCAGUUUUCCAUCACCAAGGACACAUCGGUUAAUGUCGUGUACUUGGAGGUGAAGAGCCUCAAACAGGAAGACUCUGCAGUUUAUUAUUGUGCUCGAGAGCCACAGUGACACAGGGGACGACAGAGCUGGACAAAAACUGAACUACACUGAUGAUGGCUGUGUGAGGAGCUCUGGAGAACGUCCGGGCUUUGAAAAGACAUUUCCCAAUGAAUGAUGGGAGUUAUUCAUGAAAAUAACUGGACUGAUUUCAGUUGAUUUCUUUAGGCCGUCUAGACGCUCAUCGCUGCAGCAAUGACUUCAUCAUUGAGAAGAAAACCUGACUGUGAAUCUGAGCAUCCAUUCAACAGCAGUGAAAACUCAACUUUACUGUUCAAAAACUCUAAAUGAUUCAGUCUUCACUUUUCCACAUGAGCUCCACCAACUUUAAAAAUCCUCGUCUGAACUCUUUCACCUAUUUCAUCCUGUUCAGUUCAAUAUAAUCUGACCAACAAGCACCCUCUUAGAUAUUGUCAGAUCAGGCCCUUUAUUCAGAAGCAGUUCUCACAUUUCCCUGAUGGUUUGUUACUCAAACUCUGAACCAAAAGAGGAUCAUAUCUGUCAUGGACAACAGAACUGAGGCCUUGAACCCACCCUCCACUCCAUCUGAUCAGAGCUCCUGGGAGCCUGAUCUGGGACUUGCUCCUUCAAAUGAACUAUGGUGCAGCAGACUGUGACUGGUGACAGUAGAAACAUUACUGUGUUGGACCUUUACUAUGUGACUCAGAGAGAAUGACGGACUCUGAGUUCAUACAACAGCUUCUAGUUCCUUCAGACUAACUGAUGUUGUCUCUCACUGUUAUUACAAACAACGGUGAUAAUCAAUGAUCCAUAGUUACUACAAGAUCAACACUAUCAAAAUACUGAGAACUAAAGUGUUUGUAUAGAGGGAUGAAGACUAAAGAUUUCCUUUAUGUUGAAGAAAAUAGGGACACUGUAAAAUAUCAGUUUGUACCUGAAGUUGUGUUUCACUGUGAGACCAAACUGGAGUUAAUAAUGAAGAUAAAUUAUGAGAAAAUUAAGGAAAAUAUAUGAAAACCACAAAACAUGAAGGUGACAUUAAUUUUCUCUCUGAAGGGAGGAGUCAAUGCAAAGUCAGCCGUCUUCCUCCUCUACUUCAGUGAGUGCAGAGAGGAGGACAGAGGACAGUGGACACUCAGUUUGACAUGAUGGACUAUAGGACAGGACUGCUGCUUCUGACUGUCUGCUGGACAGGUGGAGAUCAUCACUAAUCUGAGUUGGACUUUUUCACCUCAUGACAACAAACUCACUUCAAUCUGUUGGUUUUUUUCUUCUGUCUUUUCAGGUGUUGGUGGUCAGACUCUGACUGAAUCUGAGCCGGUGGUUAAACGUCCUGGAGAAUCCCACAGACUGACCUGUACAGCCUCUGGAUUCACAUUCAGUGACAAUAGCAUGAACUGGAUCAGACAGGCUCCUGGAAAAGGACUAGAGUGGAUCGCUUAUAUCAGAUAUGACAGUAGUAGCACCUGGUACUCUGAGUCAUUUAGAGGCCGGUUCACCAUCUCCAGAGACAACAGCAGACAGCAGCUGUAUCUGCAGAUGAACAGUCUGAAGACUGAAGACUCUGCUGUUUAUUACUGUGCCAGAGACCCACAACAACACAAACCAUCUGUAGAGCUGAACAAAAACCCCUCAGAGCCUGAACACCUGUGACAUGAAGCCACCAGAGGAGGAGCCCUCAGACCAACAAUCAUCAUAAUGACUCUGUAAACUGUCAGAACUGUGACCCAUAUCUAAAGCACAAUCAUUAAAAAAAGCACUUUACUUAACUUGAUAAAUGUGACAUUUAAAAUACAUAAUCACUAUUCUGUCUUCACAAAUAUACACAACUAAAAAAACAAAAUUUUAUUGAAGAUAAAAAUUCAUUUUCGACCCGAGUGAUCAAUGUGUACUCAAAUAUCACACUAUAACACAAUUACUUGGACUAUACGGUUCCUCCUCUUACACCAACAAUCCCUUCUUCUGUAAAAAGAGAAAAACUAAAAACUAAAACUACCAAACCAUGAGGACAACUUGAUCUUUGGUUGCUGCUGGUUUAGACACCGGACCCUGGGACCCUGAUGGUCUAUAGUUUUGUCUCCAGUUGUAGAGAUCCUCUGCUUAUGGAAAUGUCACAUGUUCCCCUUUAAACCUGUAGAGGGAGGUCUAUGCAAACUGUUCCUCUUUAUAAACCCUCCAUCAGUAACUUGUGGCAGCACUGGGACAGUUGAGGAUAUUUCUAACAAACUGAGAUCAGAGAGCUCUGAACCUAAGAAUGGAAAGAACUCUUAUCUGGACUUUAUUAUUUGUAGUUGCGAUCCACGGUGAGAAAAUGAAUCCAGUUUAGGUCUUUUAGGAGAUGUUCGACCUGUUCUUGAUGAGUCUGUUAGAGAAUAAUCACAAUUUCUAUCACUGCAGGAGUUUGGAGUGAGAUCAAACUGGAGCAGACUCCCUCUGAGGUGAAAAGACCUGGAGAGACAGUGAGGAUGUCAUGUGUCAUUUCUGGGUUUGACAUGACCAGCUACUAUAUCCACUGGAUACGCCAGAGGCCAGGGAGAGCUCUGGAGUGGAUUGGGUGGAUGGAUGCAGGUUCAAACUCUGCUAGCUAUGCCAGCUCCUUCCAGAGUCGCUUCAGCAUGACUGAAGAUGUGCCCAGAAGCACUCAGUACCUCCAGGUUCAGGGGCUGACAGCAGAAGAUUCUGCUGUUUACUUCUGUGCUCGAAGAGACACAGUGAGAGAAGAGAGCAGAGCAGCUGCUCAAAAACCUCCACAGACAAACACCAGAGUGCUGUGAAAAACAUCUGUUUUUUUUUCAUUCAACCUUUUAAGUUCUCUGACUUCAUGAAGCUUACAAAAACAGAGAAGUUCAUGAGUGGAUUCAAAUUCAGCAGCUGCUGAACUGAACUUUAAUCAGACUUAUUGUUGUUUGUACGAGCCCUUCCACUGUACAACACAACUGAUGGUCUCAAACACAUAAGGAGUCUAAGAAAUCCCACAAAUUAACUCUUGACAUUCAGUGAAAACCACUCUGGGUGACUUCUUCAUGAAGCUGGAUGGAACAGUGUGCAAAGCUGUAAUCGGAGCACAAGAUGUCAACUCUGAAUGAGUUCAAACAGAGAAAUAUAUUUUGGUUGGUUUAGCGCUUUUUUAUUUACUCAAUAAUUCCACAGGUGUUCCUUCAUAAUUCUGAAGUCUUCAACAUUAAAAACUAAGUGUUCAUAAAUCUCAUCAUAGUUUCUUACUCCUCAAAACUCCUUUCACAAAAUCGUCCAUGUUUUGCUCUUUAUCCAAACUGUGUUUAAUGCUUUUACUUUGCGACACCACACCCCCUGUCCUAACUUCUGGACCCCCUGGGAUCCCUGCCCCCCCCUAAUUCUGAGAUCACAGAUUAAUAUAGCACAGAGAAUAAAACCUUCAGUUUCCUGCACUGACUUCUGUCUGAAUGUCUGUCAAACCUUUCUCAUCCUCUCAACACUCAUAUUCUGGUAAAACUGUUCCUCUCAUCCUCCAGAUGAAAAUAAUAAGAGUGAGUUUGCUCAGCACCUUGACUUGAAAUCUGCUCUGGAGAUAAACUUGACUCUCCAAGACCAAGAGGUCUGUAAGAUAGAAAAAUUUUUGACUCUUUUCUACGACCAAAUCUGUUCUCAUGUCAGGCCAUCAAAUUCCUGUUCAUAGUGUGUUAUUAAAUCACGUAAGCGAGGGGUAUGUUGAUUGUUGUCUCUCUUUAAUGAAAGCUGCCUCAUCAAAUCAAGGAUCAAGUUCUGGAUUCACCCAGUUUUAUGUAUUUUGUGUGUCUUGGUGAAUUAGCCUGAAACUCUGCUCACUAAAAACAGAUACAAGAAAACUGGGUGGAGUCAAUGCAAAUUGUCACCAUCUCCAUCCUUAAUAAUCUCACUGCAAACUGAGGGAGAAACCACUCCAUCAACAAGACCUCUGUCCUCAUUUUUAUGAUGGCCUCAGCUACCGGGAUAACGGUUCUCACACUGUCAUUAAUUUCUGGUGAGUAAAGCGUGACUCUUGUCUUUGUACGUGUGACGGUUUUAUUUGUGGUUCUAACAGUCUGUAUUUGAUCCUCAGUGGUUUGCGGUCAGACUCUGACUGAGUCUGACCCUGUGGUAAAGGCCUCUGGAGAAUCACAUAAACUCACUUGUACAUACGCGGGGAUAUCGGAUGGAGAUGCACGUAUCAGCUGAAUCAGACAAGCUGAAGGAAAAGGACUGGAGUGGGUUUCUUUCAUUUCAGCUCCAAGUGGAAGCAACAAAUAUUAUUUAGAGCCAGUCCAAAAUCGCUUCACCAUCUCCAGAGACAACAAUGUGGACCAGGUGUAUCUGCAGAUGAACAGCCUGACAGCUGAAGACUCUGCUGUUUAUUACUGUGCCAGAACUCCACGCUAAUACAGGAAGCCAGAGAGCUGUACACUAACUGCUGCACAUGCCACUGUGACUGGCUCUAUGUAAGGGUCUGUAUACAGUAUUUGUCUUUUGUCUUUUCACAGUUUGUCCUCAGCUGAUGUAAAAAGUGGAUGCUAAAAAAAAAAAAACUCUUUCCAGUUACAGUGAAAUAUGCAAAUUAGGGCUGGGACAAUAUGCUUUUCUCCCAAUUCAAUUCUUCUACAAUUUUUGGGAUGCCGAUUUGAUUUAAAUUGCGAUUCUACGAUGCUGUCUAUUUUCUCAACAUUUAGUCUGCAUUUUUAACAUCAGUGAAACAGUUGAAUGAUUAUGAUUGUCUACUGACUAUUGCAGGAACCAUAUUUCCCCAAAAAAUACACAUCACAUGCAAGUUUGUUUUUAAGAUUCAUUCUUAAAUUUGAAAAAAAAAGAUGUUUUAACACAAAAAUCGUUUGAAAAAUGGAAAAAUAAAAAAAUUGUGAUACUUAUGUGAAUCGAUUUUUUCUCCCACCCCUAAUGUAAAUGUGAGACGCCAACAGCACUUUGUUUUAAUUUAAUUAUAAAUAAGCAUUAGUGUCUUACAGGGUUCAGGGUAUGAUAGAUCAUGAACUUAAGGACAAAAACGCUGAAGGGAAGGUCAUCUACUUGAAAACAAGAAUAUCUUUUUUGUGUAAUCAUUCCCUCCCUCUGAAACGGGGUGAAGUUUUUGUAUGAGGGUGUAUCACAGUGAUGGGCUGGGGCACUGUGAUACAAAGCCAUACAAAAACCUGAGAGCAAUAAUCUAAAACUACAGUUCCGCUGAUGGACCAAAGAGGACAGGACCAAGUAGUUCUCUGAGAAACACGAGGUAACUACUAGUUUAAACAAGCAGAUUUGUAAUUUUUAACUUCUAUAUUACAAAUUUGUAAUUGAGUCUGCUGUCCUUCUCUUUGUCUUUAAAGAGUCUAGACUAACAAGGAGACUCCUGUCUCCCCUUACAGUCCUGUCUUUAUCUUAGCAACAUUUACUGAUUAUUAGUUACCGUCAUAAUGACUUUAUUCACAGCUGUUUUAAAAUUAACCAUGGUGAGCUCCAUUACAGCAAGAACCACAGGAUUUAGAUCGAAGUUUGUGAAUGAAUAAAUCUGUCAGCAAACUUUUGAUAUCAAAUGUUUUCAAAAGUCAAAAUAUCAUAGUUUUGAACCUUAAUUGCCGAGUAUAAAUCAAAUGUGAUUUUGUGAGAAAAUCUGCAGAGAUACUUUAAAUACAUACGUAUUUUAAAUUUUGGACAUGCUUCUUGAUGACAUUUAAUUCAGGGCUCGACAGUGUGAUCGUUUCACUCGCAUUUGCCACUAAGAAUGGAUGUGUGUGAAUUGUAAAAUUUAUUUAGGGGCACAUGUGCGCAUAAAAAAGAAAAAAUCAGCCGAGGCAACAAAUGUUUUUUCAUGUAAAAACCACGAUGAAGUUAGUUUUAGGUUGGAUAUUCGACAAACAUUCUCUGAGGAUCUACCGGUGUCUUCUCACUCUACAUAAGCGGGAAUAACAACAGCAGCGCGGUUAAAUCUACUCGACACCCUCACUGUCAAUGUCGGGUGUUGAAUAAGGGACCAUCAAUAAAUUACGGGUUGAUGUUCUCCAAAAAGUCUGUUUUCCUUCAACAGCUUCCAUUACAUGUGACCAAUUGACCUUAAAUUAAUUUCAAAUAAUAGUACUUAUGUCGACCAAUAAGACACACAUUAUUAGAUCAAUUUUCAUUGUGCCCCUAAAGGUCUUUGUGUGCUCCUUAAUUUUUCAACUUAGGAGAACAUGCGCUUCUUGUGAAAAAAGUUAAUGUCAAGCCUUGUAAUUUUAGUAUUUUUCGAUCUAUUACAAAUCAUUUUGUUUUUCUGUCUUUAGUGAUUCUGAAAUUAAAAUAUUAAUUGUUCACGUUUUACUCAAGCAUUUAAUAAUCAUUUUUGUUUCUAUUCAGCAGAUAUUAACCUUUACUCAUCUCUUUCAAAGGACCUACACCGACACCGAGUCUGUUUCCUGUGGUUCAGUGCAAAACUGGGGGUGAAGUUACUAGCAUCACUCUUGGUUGUUUGGCACAUGACUUCAACCCAGGGAGUACCUUCAAGUGGACCCCUACCAGCUUGACCCAUGUGCAGUAUCCUGCAGCUGUCCAAGGAAGUAAAUACACCGGUCUCAGUGUGGUUCAAGUGCCAAAAUCUAGCUGGGAAUCAGAGCAGUCUUUUAACUGUUCUUUGACUUAUCCUGGAGGCACCUUAACCGAGGAAAUAAGAAAUCAAGGUAAGUGAUUUUUGACCAACUAUCGUGGUUUUCAGUAAUCUGUGAAACACAAACAUGUCAUAAAAUGUUUCCAGCGAAGAGAAAUGCUGUUGAUGAAACUCUUUGCUAAAACAGAUGUCUCUUUCAGACAGAGAAACUACACCAAAAGUGACGGUCCCCAUUACCCCAAAGAAACCUUCACCAAAAGUGACGGUCCACAUUCUCCCAGAGGAGGACGCCAGAAGUGGAAAUGAGGUCACUCUGGUGUGUCUGGUCUCCUGUCCUGUACAGCAGAAUUACAACAUCUCCUGGACAGAGGAUAUCUCACAAAACAACGGCAACUAUGUUAGUGGCACAGACUUCCCCCAACAGAAGUUCCGGAAUGGCUACUUAGUGACGAGUGUUUACUACACAACUGCAGAGAAGUGGAAGACGCACACAUUUGGAUGUGUCGUCUGGGCUGCCGGCAGCGAGGACCCUACGAUUCGAAAUGUCUCCAAAGCCCAGGGUAACUCACUGGAAUGUUAGGGAGUGAAAAAAAACUGCGGAUUCAGUUUUAAAUGUUUUGUUUUGUUCUGUGUGUGUGUGUGUACCCUCCACUGUGGUCCACUUUGCUGUCAUCAGUCUUUGUCAUCAUAAACAUGUUCCUCUAGUUUGUCAGUCUGUCUUUGUCGAAUCAUCUAACAGCCUGAGAGCUGAGAGGUGUUUUGACUGUUUUCAAUAAAUGUUGCAUGAAAAAAAAAAGUGUGUUACAUGUUUACAUGUGCUUUCAACUAUUUCAAGCAAACAUGAAAUGACUGUUUUAUUUUGAAAUGGCCACACAGAGUGCCUAAGACUAAAUGACACUACAGAUUAUACACACUAAACCUGAAUAUACAGAAGAUUUGUCAACACACACACAGAGACAUACACACAUCUCUUAUCUAACCUGCUAUACCUUCCUGUUCUUAGAUCUUUCAACAAAGUCUCCAAAUAACAAGUCUCUAAAAUUGGACACUGUGUCUACAAAUGAGACUUAUGUGAACUGCUUGGAUACCAUUGCAGAGGAUGAGUUCAGCAGCCUGUGGUCCACAGCCUCCUCUUUCAUAUUCCUCUUCAUAUCCUCUCUCCUCUACAACAUGAUAAUCAGCCUGGUCAAGGUAAAUGCAGCUUAAAAAUUACUGCAUUAUAUGUUAUCAGUAUGAUUAUAAACAUUAUCAUCGAAUCAAGAAGUACACAGAGUAUAUGUCUGUGAUUUACACGACACAAAAGCCACGUCUUUUUGAACAUGUGUGGGUGCAGGUGUUUCUUACUUUCGCAGAUUUGAAUGUACAGAAGAAGAAAAGACUAUGUUUAAAGACCUGAAUGUAAAAGUUAAUGCAGAUCAGCUGCAGACCCAAGCUCCAUGUCAAAAUAGGAUCAUCACAUGUUGUAAUCAAAUCUUACUGGCACUGUUGUAGACUUUCUGAUAAAUGAGUCUUAUUCUGUGGACUUAAACACAAUGGUUUAGCUCCAGUUAAGUAUCUCUGUUCUGGGGAGUUUUGGUUCUAAAUGAUUCAGUUCACAUUGAAAGAAUCAAAAAUGUGUUCAGUUAAAACAACAACAACCUCAGUUACCUCUUUAAGACAGUAAACCUUCCACACAAUGCUUUACAAAAGGCAACAAAAACUAUCCGUCAUGAAAAUUGUUGGUUAUCUCAGCUAGAAAGAAUGAUCGGACAUCGGGAGGGAGAGGUACUUUGUUAAACUAUAUUGUUCAUAAAACUGUUUUUCUUUUUUCUCUGUAACAGAUGAGGAAUCAAUAAGGAAGGAAACGGAUGUACAGAACAAAGUAAGUUUUUUUUAUGUAUUUAGAAACUAAGGUAAUCCACAGACAGCUGUAUAUCUGCUAACUUCAGAGUCAAAAUAUUAAUUCAAAAGUUUCUCUGUCACCUAAGGACGAUACAAAAAAACUAAACUGUCACUCUCAUAAAAAUACUUAUAGUUACAUAUUUACAGUAUUAGGCCUUGAUGCUAUAUUACUUAUUGCUUACUUUUCUUGACACGUUUUCUGCCUUUAAAAUGUGACAGUGACUUUUAGAUGCAUUUACAAAUGGCAUAUUUGACAUUUCUCAUCAUUACAGCAUAAAAUGUGAAAAGAAAGACAGAGCGGAUUGGAGAUCGCACUAAAACCGUUAAGGACCAAAGAGUUUCUGAUAAAAAGCUUGUGAGGGUUAUUUUGAAACAACACAGGGUCUGAGAAUAUCGAAGACAAUGACAUGAGAAGUCAGCCUGCAGCAAACUUCUGUUAUCAGUUACACCUUGAAGGUUUUUAUCAUUUCCUGGUGAUGCUAAACAUAUCUUCUUUAGAGAGCCACUUCCCCUUUCUUUCUGCACCGCUGGGACCGCACCUGUGAGCUACAAAUAAACUUCCUCGAAAUUUGAGACUCAACCUUGACUGUUUGCAUAUCAGAACGUAUCCAAGCAUGAAGAGACCGACAUGAAAAACACCACCAAGAAACUCUGCAGGAAAGACUCCACAAGUUUCUGAUGAAAAUACAGAAACGCUUAUGAAACUAUGUAUAAUACUACUGUGUAAUUCAUUUAUUUUUUAUGAGUUUUUGUGUUGUGUGCAAGUCUGAUAACUAGUUUCUUGUAAAGUCUGAGGAUUGUCUGUCUGUUUGUGUUGUUUUUUAAUGGAUGCUACGUUGAAGACAAGUACAUCCUUGUUAAAUUAUUCAGAAUAUCGUCAAAAGAUUAGUUUAAAAACUGCCCUCUGUUGUUACUAAUAACAGAUUCAGAACAUUGUUCAUGAAAAUAAAAAAUGGAUGAAUUGUCUCUGUUAUUGUGUUCUGCUUAUUUUUCUGUGUGGUCUCUUGUAUAACAUAUGAGGGACAGAAUUUUAAAAAAUAGUUGUUUUUUUUAACAGACUGAAAGGAGAUACCUCAGUAGAAUAGGUCAUGAACUAUUAAAAACAUGUACAGUAUUUUCCCUCAACAAAUAUACUAAUACUCCACUGUAAAUUAGGCUUGUUCAGAUGAUGGAAAUGAUAAAUGUUGACAGAUGACAUGAUUUCUUUUAUACCCAUGAACACAAAAACAUAUUUGUUGACGUCUUGACUGACACAGAUGAAGAAUAUGUUUUGAAAAACUUGAACCCUUUUAACUGCAAAAUAAUCAACUUCUCAGCAAAGACAGAGUUUGGUAGUUUUUCUUAUGAAUCUUACUAUUAUUAUCAUUAUAAUGAUCACUUUGUGCAGCUCUCACUUUCAAAAUGAGGAUUUUUUUUUCCCCUCUCUUUUUUGUCUUAGCUGAUGGGACAUCUGAAGGAACUCUGGCACUACAGGUACAAAAGUAACUAAAGACUGCCAUCUAGUGGAUAAAUCACGUAUUUAUCUGUUCUCAUGAUUAAUGUAGAAAUUCAACCUCCCCUCUAAAGAGCUUAUGUCACUCAGGAUUUAGAUUUUUGUCAUGAGGAAACAUCUAUAAAAGUGAAAAAAGAAAAGAAAACAAGAUAAUGUAGAAAAAGCGUUUUAACUGUUGAAAUCAUUUAUACAUCAGCUUUCUUUUACGCAGGUCGUGGGACUGAAACCUGUUGAUACACAUGAAAAUACAGGAUCACUCAUGUUCCUCGAGUCAGCAUCUCAGAGCCUCUGAGAAUUUUCUCACACUCUACUCCAAAAAGGCUCAAAUGAGCUCCUGAGAAUCCUCAUUUUCAGACAGAAGCAGUUCACAGAAUAGUGAAAAGACGUUGAGUUGAUCAGUCUGUUCUUGUUUUUCAUACUGUUGUACAACACGGUACCUAUCACCCCGGACAAAAGUACCAUAAAGAAUUAGUUUGCUAACGAAACUUUGCAACAAGUUCUCACAAAGUUUGAUGAUUCAAUUCAAGAUUCAUUCACGCCUUUUACAGUCAGUAUCGUCUUGACUUACUUGUGACUAGAAAAAAAGAAAACUAAACCUACAAGCCAAGACGUAUCUGAAACCAGCUUACAUCGGAGUGACGCAUUCACGGGCCACUUGUCAAUAAAAAAAAUUAGGCUCCACGGGUCUGUUGCAAUAAUAAUCUACUUUGAGUUUUAUUUACAACACACCAAUAAUUUCCAAAUGCACAACUGCAUGAAAAGAUGCAAGUUCACAUGGAUUCAUCCUUGACAAGUGCAAAAAAAAUAAAUAAAUAACUGACGGUCAAAAACUUCUAAGCUCUUACCAGUCACAAAACACACACACACACACCUGCCUCUGAUCAGCGCUAUGUAGGUUGAAGAGACAAGGAAACACUUCCACCUCACAUGCAAGUGGAGCCACCUACUGUAAAACCAUCGAAAUUGCAUGAACUAAAAAUCCAUUAACCACAUGAGAAAUUUAAAAUACAUAAAUAUUGAAUAUGGCACUAAACCAUACAAAUUGGCUCUAACACAGUCAGUUCCUGCCAUGUGUGAGAACAUUGACAGGAAUAAAAAAAAAAGGUGCAAAAAUGUACAGUAUAUUAAAAAUAAAGAUAAAUACACUCAAGAAAAAGUAAGAUACAGUAGGAGAGGAGUUUAUGUAUCCCCGUCUACCCUCAUGUCUACUUUGUCUAUGUAUAUACACACUCCUAUACACAUGCAAGGUCUACGAUUUCAGAAACAUUUAAUAAUUUUGACCUGCAGAGUACUGCCUCUUUUUACCACAUCACUGUCUGAUACAACAUCAUGUACAUACAUGGCCAGUAGAGGUCAGUGUAACAGUGAUUUUCUUCUCAACAGGUGUGUCUGUAGGUGAUUGAUUAAAGGAAGAAAUAAAACUAUCUCCUCAAACACGUUUCAAAGCAUUUGAUGGACAUGUGCUUCAUCUACCGAGGAUGAUAAAUGUCUGAAUAGAGACAAAGACACGAGCUCUGGACACUGUCCACUGAGCUCUGUCAUAUUCUUGUACUCAUAUCAGGUUUUUCUGGUCUUAGCUGAAGCAGCCACAGACUGAGGAUGUGAAGAGACUGCAAUCAUAUUGCUUAAAAAGGUACAUUAAAAUAAACAUCCUCCUUCUUUAUUUUUGUAUCUUCACAGCUUCAUGAAAAAAUUGUUCUGACCCAGUCAAAAAACUGUUUCAUAUGUUAGGUUAGAAAAGAGUCUGAAUCCAGUUUUUCAGUGAAAUGGCUGUAAACAUUAUUGAUGUAUAACAGAAUGUGGAUCUACUAUUUGGGGCAUAAAUGCUCACACCGUGUUUUACAGCACCAGCAAAGUGCAGUUUUCAGUCUCUGCAGGAGCAGAAGAAUAGCACAAAAAAACACUCAUCGCUGCAGUCCUGCAUCUGAGCAAAAUAAGUUAAAAAGGAGUUUCACAAAAAGUCUUUAAAAAGUUUGGAUUCUGACUUGUGUAAAUUAAUAAUGUAAGAGCAGUUGUGUUGUGCACGUAGAGAAUGCGACACCAACUCUUUGGCAAAGGUUUUUGCAGUGAGGUAUUUCACUGUGUACUACGGGGGCCACAGUGAUUCACACUGUUCAUAAAACCCCUCCACAGAAACACGGGUCUUAAAAAGUAAGUUAUGAUGUGUCUCUGUGUGUGUGUACACGGGGUAUGAUCUCAAAAAGCAUCGCCUGGAACAAACUACAGUUUUUCUUUUCAGUCUAUUUAAAAAAAAACUGUUUCAUCUUAAUUCUUGGUUUGUUCUUGUCAUAGUGGGACCCUAUAAACAGUGUGAUACCAACUAAUAAGCAAUAUCAAAUAAACACUGUUAAUAAAAAUACUUAAAGUAACAUGUUUGAGAUACAAUUGGAAAAUAACGUACGAGCUGUGCAUUGAGAAGGGUGGAGUUUUUGUAUGGAGUUUUACCACAGUGUACUAUAACAACCACACUGAAACACCUCAUGACAAAAACCCCUUUUUGGUACGAGGAGAACUUGCAGCUGAUAUCAAAAAAACACAGAACACAAAGUGUUAGUACGGCCACCAAAGAUGUCUUUCUGUAAGUAUUAGGCAACAAACUGAAGUAUUAUGUAUAUAACACUGUAUGUAGGUAUUUAAUGUUGGGGGAUUUACCCUUUGUGAACCAUACACAUCAGUCCCAAAGGUUCUAGCAGUCACUAAAAUGAUACUUCAGACACAACUCUAAAAACCGUCCUGACGGUGUAUAAGAUAAUUCAGAGAUCAGACGUUAUUCUGGUUUUAUUCUCUGAGUACCAGAAGUGUUUAGAAACUUUCCUCCUAUUCCAGUUUGUUUGUUUUAACGUUUAAGACCCACCAAAUUGAGCGACAUACUGACCAAAAGAUAAACUUUGUCAUCACUGCAUAAAAAACUCUAGUCAGACUAACAUUCAUCUUUGUUUUAUGUAAAAGAAAAAUUUCUAUUUAGGUGUAAAAGAGAAAAAAAAUUGUGCUGUGUUAUGAGUGAUCCUGUACACAUUUUCAGGAAGCAGUAAUGCAACCCCGUGUGAGGCAAAGGUUUUUGUAUGAGACUGUGGCACAGUGUAUAGCGGGGGCCACAGUGAUAAACAGUAAUACAAAAACCUAUCCUAUACUGAGCUGAAGGACAAACUUGAUUUUAAGAGGAACAGAGCGACCAGGGAAUUUUUUUUUUUUAACUACACCAAAAACAAAAAAAUGAAGUCUGUAAACGAGACUUUUGUGAGUCUUAGUCCGUCCAACAAUAAUGAACAAAAUGGAAAAAAAGUUCAUUUGAGGAUCUAAUUCCUUUCACAUGAUUAGAUCUCAACUCAAUGCACAAAUAUGAAAAAUACCUACAACUAUUAGAUUGCAUUCAUUAGUGAUAAUAUCCAGUAUGCGCAGUGCAGUGCAGUGCAGUUUUCGUAUGGAGCUGUAUCACAGUGCAGCAUAUAACGGCCACAGUGAAACAUCCAAUGACAAAAACCCCUUUUUGAUAUGAAGAGAACUUGCAGCUGAUUAAAAAAAAAAACAGAACACAAAGUGUUAGUACGGCCAUCAAAGAUGUCUUUCUGUAAGUAUUAGGCAACAAACUGAAGUAUCAGGUAUAUAACACUGUAUGUAGGUAUUAAAUGUUGGGGAAUUUACCCUUUGUGAACCAUGCACAUCCGUCCCAAAGGUUCUAGCAGUCACUAAAAUGAUACUUCAGACAAAACUCCUAAAACUGUCCUGACGGUGUAUAAGAUAAUUCAGAGAUCGGACAUUAUUCUGGUUUUAUUCUCUAAGUACCAGAAUUGUUUAGAAACUUUCCUCCUAUUCAAGUUUGUUUGUUUUAAUGUUUAAGACCCACCAAAUUGAGCAACAUACUGACCAAAAGAUAAACUUUGUCAUCACUGCAUCCAUAACUCUAGUCAGACUAACAUUCUUUUUUGUUUUAUGUAAAAGAAAAAUUUCUAUUUAGGUGUAAAAGAGAAAAAAAAAAUUGUGCUGUUUUAUGAGUGAUCCUGUACACAUUUUCAGGAAGCAGUAAUGCAACCCCGUGUGAGGCAAAGGUUUUUGUAUGAGACUGUGGCACAGUGUAUAACGGGGGCCACAGUGAUAAACAGUAAUACAAAAACCUAUCCUAUACUGAGCUGAAGGACAAACUUGAUUUAAAGAGGAACAGAGCGACCAGGGAUUUUUUUUUUUUUUAACCACACCAAAAACAAAAAAACGAAGUCUGUAAACGAGACUUUUGUGAGUCUUAGUCCGUCCAACAAUAAUGAACAAAAUGGAAAAAAAAGUUCAUUUGAGAAUCUAAUUCCUUUCACAUGAUUAGAUCUCAACUCAAUGCACAAAUAUGAGAAAUACCUACAACUAUUAGAUUGCAUUCAUUCGUGAUAAUAUCCAGUAUGCAUAGUGCAGUAUUUGUAUGGAGCUGUAUCACAGUGCAGCAUAUGGCAGCCACAGUGAAACAUCCAAUGACAAAAACCCCUUUUUGAUAUGAAGAGAACUUGCAGCUGAUAUCAAAAAAACACAGAACACAAAGUGUUAGUACGGCCACCAAAGAUGUCUUUCUAUAAGUAUUAGGUGACAAACUGAAGUAUUAUGUAUAUAACACUGUAUGUAGGUAUUUAAUGUUAAGGAAUUUACCCUUUGUGAACCAUACACAUCCGACACAACUCUAAAAACUGUCCUGACGGUGUAUAAGAUAAUUCAGAGAUCAGACGUUAUUCUGGUUUUAUUCUCUGAGUACCAGAAGUGUUUAGAAACUUUCCUCCUAUUCCAGUUUAUCUUUGUUUUAACGUUUAAGACCCACCAAAUUGAGCAACAUACUGACCAAAAGAUAAACUUUGUCAUCACUGCAUCCAUAACUCUAGUCAGACCAACAUUCAUCUUUGUUUUAUGUAAAAGAAAAUUUCUAUUUAGGUGUAAAAGAGAAAAAAAAUUGUGCUGUUUUAUGAGUGAUCCUGUACACAUUUUCAGGAAGCAGUAAUGCAACCCCGUGUGAGGCAAAGGUUUUUGUAUGAGACUGUGGCACAGUGUAUAACGGGGGCCACAGUGAUAUACAGUAAUACAGAAACCUAUCCUAUACUGAGCUGAAGGACAAACUUGAUUUAAAGAGGAACAGAGCGACCAGGGAUUUUUUUUUUUUUUUUUUUAACCACACCAAAAACAAAAAAACGAACUCUGUAAACGAGACUUUUAUGUGUCUUAGUCCAUCCAUCAAUAAUGAACAAAAUGGAAAAAAAGUUCAUUUGAGGAUCUAAUUACUUUCACAUGAUUAGAUCUCAACUCAAUGUACAAUUGUGAAAAAUACCUACAACUAUUAGAUUGCAUUCAUUAGUGAUAAUAUCCAGUAUGCGCAGUGCAGUAUUUGUAUGGAGCUGUAUCACAGUGCAGCAUAUGGCAGCCACAGUGAAACAUCCAAUGACAAAAACCCCUUUUUGAUAUGAAGAGAACUUGCAGCUAAUAUCAAAAAAACACAGAACACAAAGUGUUAGUACGGCCAUCAAAGAUGUCUUUCUGUAUGUAUUAGGCAACAAACUGAAGUAUCAUGUAUAUAACACUGUAUGUAGGUAUUUAAUGUUGGGGGAUUUACCCUUUGUGAACCAUACACAUCCGACACAACUCUAAAAACUGUCCUGACGGUGUAUAAGAUAAUUCAGAGAUCAGACGUUAUUCUGGUUUUAUUCUCUGAGUACCAGAAUUGUUUACAAACUUUCCUCCUAUUCCAGUUUGUUUGUAUUAACAUUUAAGACCCACCAAAUUGAGCAACAUACUGACCAAAAGAUAAACUUUGUCAUCAAUGCUUCCAUAACUCUAGUCAGACUAACAUUCUUUUUUGUCUUAUUGAAAAGAAAAAAAUUUGUUCAGGUGUAAAAGAGAAAAAUAUGUGUUCUGUGUUAUGAGUGAUCCUGUUAGUGAAAAUGUACACAUUUUCAGGAAGCAGUAAUGCAACCCCGUGUGAGGCAAAGGUUUUUGUAUGAGACUGUGGCACAGUGUAUGGUGGGAACCACAGUGAUAUACAGUAAUACAAAAACCUAUCCUACACUGAGCUGAAGGACAAACUUGAUUUUAAGAGGAACAGAGUGACGAGUGAGGGUUUUUUUUUUUAACCACAAUAAAAACAAAAAAACGAACUCCGUAGACAACUAGACUUUUGUGAGUCUUAGUCCGACCAACAAUAAUGAACAAAAGGGAAAAAAAGUUCAUUUGGGAAUCUAAUUACUUCCACAUGAUUUGAUCUCAACUCAAUGCACAAUUAUGAGAAAUACCUACAAUUAUUAGAUAUCAUUCAUUCAUGAUACUAUCCAGUAUGCACAGUGCAGUUUUUGUAUGGAGCUGUAUCACAGUGCAGUAUAUAGCAGCGGCCACAGUGAAACAUCCAAUGACAAAAACUUCUAGCCUUUGAGAAAUGAAUCCAGAAACAAGAAAGCUUGUGAAACUUCAGCUGUUUGAACAGAAAAAACAGUUUUUGUAUUUCUACAGAAUGUCCUUUUGUUCGAUGGUUAAGCUGUAAAAAAAAAAAAAGUGACUGGAAUUGAGUAAUUAGCCCCAAACAGACAUAAAGACUAUGCAUGACAUCAUGCCAAGGUUUUUGUACGAGUAUGUGGCAAUGUGGAUGGGAUGGCAACCACAGUGAUACGUAGUCAUACAAAAACCUGUUGAGUGAUCCAAGGCCCAGAGUCACUGUGUCUUAAAUGAAGGAUAAAAUAUCUCCUGAAUUUUGCCCAGUAAUUUUUCUCCACAAGCCUGGUAUAUACAUCAAAUAAAAUGAAGAGACAGAUAUGAGAUGGUUUACAAUUAACUUAUUGAAAAGUUAUUACAAUCCCUUUUGAGCUGUUGGUCAUUAAUCAGGGACGUGAUAAAUAAAGUUACUGCUUUUUCUGAAAUUGUAAAAACAAAAAAUAUAUUUAUUUUUGACCCAACCCUUUAAAUGUAGUGCUGCACUUAACAUGUUUAAAAAAGUGUUUUUAUCUAGGUCAUUUUAUAAGGGAAAUACAGCCAAUUGUUUGUUUUUUUGUUUGUUUUUUUUUACCACAAAAAGUAAGAGUGAUAUGGUGCACAAUAACUGUCAUAAAAAGGGUAAAACAUCAAAUUUUUCAUUCAUUACUUUUUUAAAAGUCCAGGCUGACGUUGUUAAAGUUAUUUGAAUGGAAAAAAGUAAGAAAAAUGUAAAAAAAAUAUUAUUUUAUGAACACUUUUCUGCAUGUCCAUUUUGGGGACAAAGUAGGCUGGAUGUAGCUUAAAUACGGAAAUUGUCCCUACAAAAAGGAUUUAAAUGCACUAAAAUGGAUUUUACUUUUCAUCAUUGACAUGGCCUAAACUCUAUUUAUUAAAAAAAGAUUCUUCAUCCAGGUCAUUUUAUAUGGGAUUUGGCGAUUUUGUGUUUUUUACCAUUAAAAGUAACAGUGACAUGGUGCACAAUAACUGUCAUAAAAAGGGUAAAACAUCAAAUUUUUCAUUCAUUAUUUCUAAUGGUCAGGGCUGAAGUUGUUUUAGAGAUAUGAGUUAAAAAAAAGUCAAGAAAAAAAUGUUAAAAAAUGAUUAUUUUAUGAACACUUUUCUGCAUGUCCAUUUUGGGGACAAAGUUGGCUGGAUGGCGCAUAAAAUUAACAGGAAUCAAGGGUUUAGAGUCUCACAUCAACAACUGCAUGAUAUUCCUUAGCAAAUACACUAAAAACAGGCUGCGUUUCUCUUGCUAAAGCACAUCCGUCACCCAAAAAAUAAGAUGUUUUUAAGCUACUAAUUACAAUGAUCUAUCCUUUUCCAUCUAAAUUCAACUGAAUACAUGACAAAGAUAUUUCAUGUUCAAACUGAUUGUUUCUUUGCACUCAUUCAUUUUGAAUUUGAUGCUGAGGCUCCCUAAAAAAAAACCUUUUUAUCCCUUCCAUCGCCCUUCUCUCACUUCACUUUCCUGGUCCUCUUGGUCUCAGUUCAGGUGGUUCUUCACCUGCUUGGGUUCUCAUGUUUUCUAUUGUUGGGUCGAUAUCAAUGUGUGGCUAAUGAUGAUGUUUAUUAUUUUCCUGGUAGUCAGCUGUUGGGUCAUUGUUUGUUGUAUUGGUUUUCUGUAAAUCUAUCUGCUGUGUAUCCUUCAAGGCACUUAGUAAACUGAGUUUUUUUAAAAGGUGCUAUAUAAAUGAACUCUCAUUAUUUUUAUUAUUACAUGUUCACGAAGUGCUGAAAUAAGUAUUAUUAUUUGAAAUCAAUUUUAGGUUUUUUUUGUCACGACAUGAAAGCUAUUGAAGAAAAUUUUUUUAAGUUUAACACAAAAUAUUUUAAGAGGACAAAUUAGGGAAAUAAAGAGGUGUGUCUUAUUGUCUGACCUUAGUACUAUCAUUUGAAAUCAAUUUUAGGUCAAUUGGUCACAUGACAUGGAAGCUAUUGAAGGAAAACAGACUUUUUUGAAAACAUCAACCAGUAAUUUAUUGAUGGUCCCUUAUUCAACACCCGACGUUGACAGUGGGGGUGUCGAGUAGAUUUAACCGCGCUGCUGUUGUUAUUCCCAGUUAUGGAGAGUGAGAAGACACCGGUAGAUCUUCAGUGAAUGUCUUUUGAAUAUCCAACCUAAAACUAACUUCACUGCGGUAUUUACAUGAAAAAACAUUCGUUGCCUCGGCUGACUUUUUUUAUACGCACAUGUGCCCCUAAAUACAUUUUUACAAUUCGAACACAUCUAUUUUUCAGUCACAAAUGUGAGUGAAAUGGUCGCACUGUCUUGCCCUGAGUAAAUAUAUAGUUUUUCGGUCUAAACAUUAAAUAUCUCCUUUUUGUACUGUAUUCAGCUGAAUAUAUAAAUCACAAAUCAUUGUAUUCUGUUUUUAUUCAGCUUCACUGGAGGUGGGGUUUGUGUUUCUAUGAAAUGACUCUUACUUAAAUGACCUUCAAUGAAAAUAAAAAUGAAUCCUGUGAUACCUCAAGAUACUGAUUCUUUUGAUAUGAUUAGAACUCAUCCUCACCAAUCAAAUUGUUGUUACAGAACUAUCAAUAAUAGCCACACCAAUAGUGUGCCAUGGCAGUCAGUGUGCUCCAGUUUUUGUACAGCUUUAUACCACUGUGUGGGGUAGCGGCCACAGUGAUAUAUCCUAUGACAAAAACCUCUCUUUACUCAGAUGAGAAUGAGGGUAAAUGAAGCUGCUUUACCAGAAACGUGUUCCUUAUUGAACCGAGGCACAAAGUCAAACUGUCUGAAUAAGGAAGGGGAAGACAUUCGCUCAGCUGUAUGGAGCCAUUAUCCAUCAACCAAAGAACAGAGAUAUCCAGAGAAUAUGGUGUUACAAGUUUUCUGUUGUCAGAAAGCUCAUUCAGGUUACGAUAUCAACAUUUGAGCUGGAGUUAAAAUUGACAGGUGAAACUUAUAAAAAUAUAAGAUGUUAUAUAAUAGUCUAUAGUUUGACUGGCACUGGCAGAACAGAAGUUAUGUACACAAUACUACAGACUAUUGCAGAGAAAUGAUUAUUUGUCCAUGGCCCUAUGCAGGGAUGGCCAGCAUUUCUCAAACACUGAUGCAAAGAGAUAUUUAUCAUUACUACUAAGGGGUAAAUCCUAUCAAUGCAAACAUUUUCUCCAAUCACACCACUUCGUCUAUCAACAGUUGACAGACUUUAUUUUGUCUUUAGUGUUAAUUCAAAUCAAUCCAUCUCUUUAUUUUGACUCCUUCCUCACAAUCUCAAGCUGAGUCAGUUUGUGUCGUCUGCAAACAAAGUUAUUUUUUUAGUUUUCGAGAUUACAUCUAUUGUUUUAAUAUAAGCUACAAAAUAAACAACAAUGGCUCCAGCACAGAACCUUGGGGAACUCCACGCUCAUCCUUCAGCAGCUCUGUUAAACCACCACAGAUAAGUUAUUUCCUCCUUUGUACUUUGCAUCACAGUUAAUAAUUUCACAUAUUGCAAAAAUAAAGUUGACAUCGAGUUGUCUGCUCACAGUUUAUAUUAUGACAGCAAACUUCAGAUUUCAAUCAAAACUAUUCAAUAAGAAUCAAGAAUCCAAAAACUGAAUCAAAUGAAAUACAUUUAAAAACUAAAUGCACUUCAAUGUGACACAUUAAAUGACUGAAUUCAAAUACUGUUACACAAGCCUGUCAGAACAGCAAUGGUAAUAUCUGUGCACUUUGGACUGGCAGUCAAAACUUGUGUAAAAUACAGGAAACCUCCAUCACAGCAGGUGCUUCCUCAUCCAGCUAGUAAACUGAAACCUGAGGCUAAAAGCCACAAGUUCAGAAAUGAGCUGCGAUGACCCCUUAAAUUUCAGGAGACAGUAAGUAAGAGCUACCUGAAAUGAACAAUUACCACUGUAAAAGUGAUACUGUUGUAGUUUCUUCACACUACUGCAGAGUCUGAACCAGGACCACUGGGUUACACCAUAUGUCAGUCAACAACAACACAACAGCUACAAUCUGGAGCACCUGACCUGACUGGAGCAAAAAGCUUCAUUGAUUGAUUGAUCGAUUGAUUUACACGAUUUAUGCUGCAAGAAAACACAGACAGCGUGACCCAGUAAAGUUCAGUCAACAGUUCUUGCAUUCUGCCAUUCCAAGCAGGGUGAAACAACACUGCAAAUGUGCAUGUCUGAUAAAAUGCUAUAGUCACGCUCACUGAUAGCUCAAUGACUGAAACUGGCCUGAGUGUUCUGCACAUGCUCCAUAGUUGCUGGAUAGCAAGCAAGCCUUGGUAAGAAGCUAGGUACUGAACAAAACCUCCAGAGAAGAUGAGACAUAAAAAAGAUGAACCUGUCGCCAUUUUCACCGUUCAACGUACAGUGUGUUAGCCUUGUGCUUAUGGGUUUGUUGAUUGUUUUGGUGUGUAACCCCCAAUAAUCACCGCAUCCGGAAUGGAGGCGAUUUUUGCCAUCCCCCAAUCCCUACCGGAUCCAUUUGUGAGGCGAAUUUGGUGGCGAAUUACGGACAGCGGUAAUCGUGAGAACUCACAAGAACCCACGGAUUCAUGUGCAAUCGCACGAUAAUGAGUUGUCUCAAUGAAGACAGACACAUAGACAUAUAAGCAGUAGAUUGUGUCCUUCCAGAGGAGGAAAUCUACUUCCAUGCUUCUAGAAUCAGCAUCUCCUCAUCCAUGGUGUCAUCGGGGUGAAAUGACGUCUAAAAACCUUUCACUUGUUCAUCUCCGCCUGUUCGCAUGGUGUGAAAUACAAUCCUCCUGAAACAUGGAGUGUUUUAUUUUGAAAAGAGGCCAGAUGUUUUAUUUUGUGUCUGUGCCCAACUUGCUGUCCAGCAUGGUUUAAUCUGUGCUUAAUUUAUCUGGCAUGCUCCGGCGUCCGGGAAAAAUAGAACUCUUGCGAUCAGCUGCGGAGUCCGGCAUUCCGCAGCGGAACAGAGAGAAGCCGGAAGAAAUUGACACAUUAACUUGAAUAGGUAUGAUCACCUGCUACCAGUGGAUACGGCCUUUUCAUAACUGUUCCAGAUGCGGUAGAAAUUGGGGGUUAUGUGGUAGAUUAACCAGGAAACUGCCCACAAAUGGAAGCCAAGAAGUUACCUUAUAAUCUGCCUUGGCAAAGGUGGGUGGCAAAGUACAAAUCUACAGCUUGGUCUUGAGCCAUGGUCUAUGGCACUCUCUGAGCCCCCAGUAUGACAAGACUCUACCUGUGCAGUUGAGGCAUUAUAAAUGGUAAAUGGACUUACACUUACAUAGCACUUUCUCUAGUUGUCUGAGCACUUAAAACCUCACCGACUGAAUGGGAGACAAGUGACUCUACCACUGAGCCACAAGCCAACUGCAAUACCAUGGGUGCAAGUUCAUUUGGGAUUCUCAAAACAUGGGUGCAGGGUGUGAAAAAGGCAACCACCUCACCUAUAAAAUGACAGUGACUUCCGUGCUACAGGUCAGGGCACUGUAAGAGCCAUGACCAUGAGCCCUGAGCAUUUGAAAAUUGCAAUAGAGAUUUCUCCUCGGACAUUUGAAAAAGCAAAAGAAUUUAUUUACGCUCAGUGAAUAUUAUCAUUUUAUCCAUGAACCUUUACAAUUAUUCCACCUGUCGUUAUCUUACAAUACCACAGACUAUGUAGCUAGAUAUACCUUCUGCUAAGACCAGGUGACAAUAAACAGCUCUCGCUGCUUUUCUAGGCUACUUCAACUAUGUUAAAGAUUGUUUAGUGGAAAGUUUCUCUGGGACCCAACGAUGCAAAAUUAAAAUAAACUAUUCACAUUGAUCCAAUUAACAAUUCCCUAACUGUACUCUGUAGAGGCUGCUACGAAGCUGCAAAAAAGAAACACUGCAAAUCCUAAAUUGUGACAAAACGUCUGAAUCAAGUCCUGCAAAGUGGAAAAAAAACAGGCUCCAAAAAAAACUGCAACAGGAAAUUCAGAGAAAAUACAGGUUAAAGGAGCUACCUCCCUGUACUUGCUUUUUUCUGACUUUUGUUGUUUUUGUGGAUAAACAUUGAAAGAUGUCACUCCUACACCAUCUUUUUUAUUCCCAUAUUUAACUUUUUUGUAAGCAACAAAUUCUGAAACAACAUAUGAUUUUGAGAAAUACAUUAAAUUGUCUUAGUUUCAGCAUUUGCAUUUCUGUCUUUGCAUCAUUAUAUAUCAAAACAUCAUGUGUUUAUUAUGUUUUGCAUCAACUUCAUAUCAUAUUUCUUACUAAAUAGUAACUUUGUGGACAUUGUGUUGUCAACAUAACUGAAGGAAAUUCAGCUAAAUCAAUCAUAUCUGGUUGUGUAAACCCCAUGCUGCUGUAACUGAUAAUAACAAGGGGAUGUGGUAAAGAGGAAGUGUACACUGGCAGUUGGCAAACACGCUCAAUGUUACAUAACUCCCACCACAAACAUGGAUAUCCCAAGGGAAGUGGUUCAUAAAUUAUUCCGGGGGAAUAGCUUUAGUCAGUGGAACAGGCAUGCUUUAUAUUGUCUGAAUGUAUCUGGUAUUAGAUUUAAAGAUGGACUGUAGUGUAUCACUGUGAUGACUACUUUGACUUAUGGGGGAAAGGAACCCAAGUCACAGUUACUUCUGGUAAGUCAAAAUACUAUCAUUCUAUUUCCUAAUCAAAGUUGAGUUAUUUCUAAAUUAAAAGUAGAUUCAUGAAUACUGUUGUCAAAAUUAUGUACAACUUUGACCAAAAACUGAAUAGGAUCAAAGCAAAUGUCGGGUCUAUAGAGUGAUUCGGCAGUAAAGCAGAGAAAUCUGUUAAAUAGAAGCAGUCAUGUAUUUUUGCACUUAACUACCAUUGAGACCAAUCACUGUGACCACUACUUUGACUACUGGGGAAAAGGGACAACGGUGACGGUCACAGCAGGUAAAAUAAGCCUUUUCUGUCCUACCAUUGUAAAUGUUACUACAGGACUGCUAAAAUACUACAAUUUGAGACCUCAUUGGCACCUGUAUCAUGUUCAAGGUGCUUGUUUUUGUAUGUUAGAUGUGUUGACUUAUUACACUGUGACAAUGCUUUUGACUACUGGGGGAAAGGAACGACAGUGACGGUCACAGCAGGUAAAAUAACGGUUAAAAUUCAUUUGUAGUGAUUACACUGUUGAAAAUAGAAUAAUGUGACCUCUUUGCCGAGGAAGUUUGAGGUACCUGUUUUUGUAUACUUGAUGCUUUGACAUACAACACUGUGACGGUGCUUUUGAUUACUGGGGUAAAGGAACAACGGUUACAGUCACAUCAGGUAAGCCAAUUUCUCUUCAACUUUCUAUUUUGUAAACUUUAAAGUAAAUUUGUUUUUUUUUUUCGUUUUUUCUAUGGGUGACAAACCUGUCUGGAAUGGUGUAUGUUAAUAUUGUUAAGUUGUGGAAGGUAUUUCUAGAUCUAUUUUCUGGGGGGUUAUUUAUGAGGCCAAUGUUGCAGCGAGAAAAGGGCAGAUUAUGAUAAAAUCACAAAUGAUGGAAGAUGUAGAUGUCCAGGAACGAGGUUUUUGUAUGUAGUCCAUGAUAAGUUGUUAAACUGUGACUACUACGCUUUUGACUACUGGGGCAAAGGCACGAUGGUCACCGUCACUUCAGGUAUGUAUUUUAUAUUUGUUCUUAAAUAGAGUGUAUUUUAUUGUGAUUAUAACUUUCUGCCACUUAAAAUUGUUCAAAAAGAAGUCGGUCGAUAUGACAGCUUUACAUUUUUGUGGAAGUGUCACAAGGACUUUGUUCACUGUGAUAGCUGGGAUGCUUUUGACUACUGGGGCAAAGGCACCAUGGUCACUGUCACUACAGGUAUGAAUUUUUACGUUUCCAAACAUUAAAUGAGUUUCUUUUUUUAUACCGAUGCAAUGUUGUCUUUUUAAUGUGAUCGAAGUAGUGACUGGUGAUAACGUAUGUUAAUGGGUAAUUAUGACAACUUUUUCCUCACACUAAAUUGUUUAAAAAGGAGUUGGUUGAUAUGACAGCUUUACAUUUUUGUGAAAGUAUCACACCGACUUAGUUCACUGUGAUUACUGGGAAGCUUUUGACUACUGGGGUAAAGGCACCAUGGUCACUGUCACUUCAGGUAUGAAUUUUUACGUUUCCAAAAAGUAAAAAAAUUUUUUUUUUUUAAAUACCAAUGCAAUGUUGUCUUUUUAAUGUGAUCGAAGUAGUGACUGGUGAUACAGCGGGUUAAAGGGUUUGUAGCCUGACACAUGACUGAUAAAACGCUUUUAAUUCCUGUUUGAUACAAUCACUUGAAAAAAAGUCUGUUAAAAGACACGCAUUUCGCUGAAAUUUUUAACUCUUGCCAGAAACAAAAUCUUAGGCACAAGUCGGUGGGUAUCACAGUAUCAAGUUUUUGUUUUAAGUCCUAUCGAACUUUGUUCACUGUGAUAACUGGGCUUUCGACUACUGGGGUAAAGGGACCACGGUCACCGUCACUUCAGGUAUGUGUUUUUGGUAUUUCUGAACAGUGAACAAAAUUUCUUAUUUGAUUACUUAUGCAGUAAUAUAUUUUUUUUUACUGUGGUCACAUGUAGAGGCCAGUGGCAACACAGCUUUAAGUAUUUGUCACCUUGCAAAAAAAAAGGGUUAAAAGUACAUUGGUUAGUUGUAGGUUUUACUUUGAUUUGAAAUGUUAUCAAAGUUGGUGGUUAUUGCAAAAUUGAGUUUUUGUGAGAAGUCCUCCUCGGCUUUGUUCACUGUGAUUACUGGGGUGCUUUUGACUACUGGGGGAAAGGCACGAUGGUAACAGUGACAUCAGGUAAGAUUUACCACUCAAAAAGAUCUUUUGUUAAAACCUCAGACUUUAAUGCAUUAAUUUUGAGUUUUGCUUCCUGACAUAAAUUGCUUUCACGUGUUGCAGUGUGUUUUAUAGUGUUGUCUAGACUAUAAAAAAUGCAGAUAGUAUUUUUCUUAGACAACUUGCGGGUGAAAGUUAAUUUAUAAAAAUAUUGAUAUGUAAAACUAAGUUACUGUAUUUUGUUUAAGUGAAAUACAGUCAGUAGGCAUAAUUAAGGUUUACGGUUCGUUUGCACUAAACAUUAGUAGACAGCUUUUUUACACUCGCAGUACAGUAAUUUAGCACAGUGUUACGAUGCUUCUUUUGACUACUGGGGAAAAGGUACAACGGUUACUGUUACAUCAGGUAAGAAAAAUUUAACGUCAAAUAAAUGCCUUUAAUUGAACAUGAUUUACACAGUUUAAUGAAUUAAAUGCCAUACAUUUAUUUAUGCCGUGAUUGUAGAAAUGUGCCGCUCAUUAAAUUCUUUAAAAAUUAUUAAUUACCACCAUGGAAUUUAAAUAAUAAGCACAUUAAUUUUGUGAAAAGAGAAUUGUAGCCGUACAUAAUGGAGGGCCAUCAGUUUAACAAACAACAUCUGAAAAAGUGAAUGAGGAGUAUGAAUGGUACGAAGGUCACUUUCUACGUGUGAAACAUUUCAAGGAAAAGGUAUUAAAAUGUAGUCCUUGAUGAAAUCCUGUUGUGGGUUUUUACGAGUGUUUGAUAAAUAAUUCUGUUAUGACUAGUUCUCUGUUAAGGUAUUUUAAUGACACCACUGUUUGUCUUUGUCAGCCACAUCAACUGGACCAACUGUGUUUCCUCUGAUGCAAUGCGACUCUGGGACUGAAGCCACGGUCACUCUUGGCUGCCUUGCCACCGGAUUCUCGCCCUCCUCAUUGACCUACACAUGGAACAAAAACGGAGUUGACUUGACUGACUUCAUCCAGUAUCCCCCAGUGAGGAAGGAUGACCUUUAUAUGAGAAUCAGUCAAAUCCAAGUGAGCCGUCAGGACUGGGACAGGAGAGACACCUACAAAUGCAUCGCCACACAUCCAGCAGGAACAGCACAGGGAGUUGUAAUCAAGCCACGUAAGACCCAUGCUAAGUCUUAUAAAAAUGUUCUGACAGCAGUUUGUUUAUAAUGAUGCAGGUUAAAAAAGAAAAAUGUUUGACAAUUUUUACUUUUUUGUAGUUGAAUUUGUCAUUGAAACAUCAUCAAAAAAUGUUCAUGUGGUAAAACUGUUCAUGCUUGAUGGGGCCUGCUGUUGUCAGGGAGCCGCAGCAGAACAGUUUCAAAAACAUUCAAAAUAUCAACAUUUAGUAGUUUACUGUAAAUUAAGUGCUUUGACUACUACUACAACUAAUAAUUUUAAUUAUAAUAACGACUAUUAUAAUAAUAAUCAUAUUUACACUAUUAAUAAAAACAUAAUGUUGAAAUCAUUUAACAUUAAAACAUUCUUAGUAUUCUCUUUUUAAUUGAGUCCUUUUAGGCGCUUUUAUCAGAGGUAGACUAACGCCCACUAUUUAAACUUUCUUCUGGGUUUAGGGUUAGAGGAAAAAAAUAGUGUAAUUGUUUCACAAUAUUUUAUAGUCAAUUACAUUCAGACAGCAAUAAAAAAACAUAAAAAAAGAGCAUAAAAUUUCAAAAAUUAUUAACAUCUUUGUUAAUAUAGUGCGAAAUAUUUAAAAUCAGUAUUUUUAUCCUAUAUAGUGAACCUGGCAGAUAAACUUAAACAGUGAAGUGGAAUGACAAGGUUGACACUUUCUCACAUACAUUUCGCUGCUAACUUAAUCUAUUUUAUUCUUUACUAAUAUUCUUCAUGUCCUCUGCGCCUGUUAAAGACUAGAUUGUUGCAAUGUGCACCGCUUCUUUCCAUCCUCUGCAUAAUCAAAGUUAUGCAGAUAGAUGGAACUUGUAUGUUGAUGAUUUAUGUACAAGGUAAUCCAUGUCCGCUUGCUCGAGCAGUCAAUGUAUAUGCAGAAGCAAGCGAUAAAGUAAAGCUGUAAAGAUAGUUCUAAUUUCUUCUUGACUUUAAUUUCAAAACAAGCUAAAAUUAGCAUUAGCAUUGAUAUGAGGUGAUGUACCCACAUGUAUUCAUUCAGUAGAACAAAAAGUAAACUGGUAAAUUCAGAUGAUCUACAGGUCAAUUCUAAAUCUAGAUUACACAAAAACUAAAGCACUUUGUUAACUUUGGCUUCUGCAUAUAUAUGUGUAUAAUUCCCUGCUUGCGCAUACAUAUAUUUGUGUAUAUCUUUGUUUUACAGCGGAACUCUUUGAGUUGCCAACUCUCAAAGUGUCUCACUCAUAUACUGAAGGGGACAAGGAGAUUUUCUUCUCAUGCUUUGCCAAAGAUUUUUCACCAAAGAAUUAUGGCUUCAAAUGGCUGAAAAAUGAAGCGGUAGUCCCCAAUGAAAAAUAUGUGAUCCAAACUCCCCGCCACGAGAGACAGACAGACAAUGGGACUCUGUACAGUGCAGCAAGUUUACUCACAGUGCCAUCCAGUGAGUGGAUUCCAGAUACUACAUUUAGAUGCAUAUUUGAGGGGAAAGAUGAAAGUGGACCCAUUUUCAAGAAUGCCUCUGUCACUUAUGUAGACACAUCUAAGCGUGAGUAAACUGAUACUUUUUCUUGAUAUAUAAAUACUGUAUAACUUUAAUAUCUGUCAUUUUGCAUCCAUUUCUGACUGAAUAAAUCUCCUCUUGUUCCUUACUCCAACAAAGCGUGUCCCAGUGGAGACAUUAGCAUAAAUAUUGUUGACCCUUCAUUGGAGGACUUGUUCACAAAUGGAAAGGGGUCACUGGUAUGUCAGGUCACGGCCAAUGGUGGAGUGGAAAAGAUUUACUGGGAGGACGAGCGAGGACAGGAUAUCGCUGAUGCCGAGAAGAAAAUCCCUUCAGGUGGGAAAGGCCUAUACAGCCUUCCACUUGAAAUCUCCUAUGACGAAUGGCACAGGGGAAUAAAACCUACGUGUGUUGUCUCACGCUCAGACUCUGUAGACCCAGUCAAGAAAACUUAUAAGAGGGACCUUGGUAAGUACUCUAUUUGGUACUUGUGCUCUGAAACUUGUUUUAGAUUCUUCUUGUCAUAUUUGAUAUACAUGACUUUUGAGAGGGGUUCAGUCACAGAGAUUUCCUGUAGCUGUGUGUUCUCCAAGGCAAAAGGCUUAAUUGUUCUCUCAUGCUUGCAGGAGGAUCAAUUCAGCGUCCAUCAAUGUUCAUGCUGCCCCCAUUAGAGCAUACUAAAAAGGACAUGGUGACUCUGACUUGCUAUGUGAAAGACUUCUCCCCUAAGAAUGUUUGGGUGUCUUGGCUUGUUGAUGAUGAGGAACCAAACUCAGAGUAUGAGUUCCAUCAAACAGAGCCUCUAGAAAACGGGGAAACCUAUUCGGUUUAUGGCCAGUUAUCUCUCAGCCUUGAACAGUGGAAAACUGGUGGGGCAGUGUACAACUGCGUAGUAUACCACGAGUCUCUGACCAACACGACUAAGGCUGUUGUCAGGUCUAUUGGGUACAAGUACAAUGACAACACCAACAUGGUCAACCUCAACAUGAACAUCCCUGAAUCGUGCAAGGCCCAGUAG